GCAUCGCCCGGUGAUGUCAGCUUCUAGGAGGAGCCUUGCCCUUGUGUGCUUUUACUUUCAGGCUUCGUGCAGUUCGCAUGCGGCUGUGAGCCACUCGGCUGGGGCUGCUCUCUUCUCCCUCCCAGAUCAGCCGCGCCUCCACGAUGAAAUCCCUUGAUCCAGCGGCUUCGCCACGGACCCGGGGAACUCCGAGAGUAGAGGCGGCUCCUUUCCUUUGCUCCGGCUCCCUUUCCCUCCCCGCCCACUGAGCAUGGUGCUUACAGCAAUUAUUAUUAUUAAUUAUUAUUAUUAUUCACCACCGGGCAUGUGAAGCCCCGAGCAUCAUGCCAGCAACGUGCACUUUUCUGAUCCAUCAAUUCUGCCUCCUCCUACUCGUGGGGCUGCAUCUCUUUGUGGGAUCUUUCCCCCUCGCCUCCCCGUCCUCUUCCUCCUCCUCCUCUCCCUCCACCACCGAUCGCUCCCGUUUCGCCACGACGGGGCCGCGGGGAUCUACCCCUCCCCAGGAGGACUCCUCUUUCUCGGCGGCUUCCUUGCUGCUUCCCAAGGCGAAGGAGAGCCCGGAGCCUUCCGUGGCAUCCGUCGGCGCUGGAGACCUGGGUGAGUAAGAGAGCGAGAAGCGGGGAGAGGGAAGCUCGGGGGGGAUGUGUGUGUGUCCGCCCGCCCGCCCGCCCACCGCCACAGCAGCUGCUGCUCCGGGGGGGCUUAGCUUCAUCCGGCACAUUUCAUCCCGCCUUGGACGGGGGUGGUGGUGCGGGGAGGAUUCCUGCAGACGGAUUAGAAGGAACAUGCCAGCCGGCCGAUUUCUGCGCCUCUGCCACCCCCUCAGCAUCGCCACCACCAGUUUUCCCUUUAGCAAAAAAAGGAGCUCUAGUCCGGUGAUCAUUCCCACCCAUGUCCCAGCAGGGGUUGCGCGUCAAAGGAAAGCCACUUCUGUCGGACAGCACCGAGUUGUUGUUUUUUUUGAAACAAUAACAAUAAAAAUAACUUCUGUUAUUCGCCAUCUCUUCUCUCCCCCUCCCCAACCUCCCACUCUUAGGACUUUAUAGGGAUCCGGCUUUGAGGGAUGUUCAAGUGGGGCGCAAAGGGAGAAAGGUUUCUUAAGCGCCACUUGCAAGUGCCGUAAGGGAGGCUCGUUCGACAGCUGCUCUGCUCCUCGCUUGGGUCGGGCUGGUGGCCCCAUAUCGUUGGCAGAAGGGCUUGGGACACUUGGCUAUGGGAGAAGGCGUUGGGAGUCCGGCUACUGGAUGAACGGCAUGGUGGAUUCUCCUGUCAAAACUUGACUGGGUUUAAUUUGCAGAUCUAACGAGGCUAUUUUGUGAGAGAGAAGCUGCCCCGUUCACAAUUAAUUAAUAUCUAAAGAUCAAAACAAAUAUUAUUAUUACUGCUAGUAGUAAUGUAUUAUGCCUCUAGUUAGGACUUCUGUUGCAGUAAGUAAAGAUAAAUAACAGGCUUUCCAGAAAACAAGCUGCUGGAAGUCAUGGAACAAUGAAAAGAAUAAGAAAAAAUAUAUUUGGGCUUGAUAGGUGAGUGGUAUAUAGAAACAGUUGGCUAUUUUAAGCACACUGUACAGAAGUCUAUAGGUAAAAUAAGUUUGCAGAGUUCUGAAGAAUUCCCCACAGAGUAACUUGAUUGGCUAAGAUGCGAUCCUAUACAUAUCUAGGAGUAAGUCCUGUUGAACUUGGUGGAAUGACCUUCAAUCUAAGCAAAGAUGCAUAGCAUGGCACUGUAAAUGCACCUUAUCUCAUUGAACAAGGGUUCUCUGCCUGCCCCCAUUACAACCAGUGUUUCUCCAGUUGAAUGAAUGGAUACUUGUGCAGAGAGCAGAGUUUGGUUAAAUAUUUUACUUGUAAAUUACAUUGAGCCAGUUAUAAACUGUUUGGACACUUGUGUUCAUGAUUUUCUGUCAUUUCCUAAUAUUAAAUUGAUCAAAGUCUUUUCAAGAAGGAUUAAAAAAAAAACCACAAGAGGAUGAGCGUGAUGAAAAUUAAUGUUAUUGUUGUUGAUUAUGAUAAUUGUCACAAAGCAACUGAAAAUGAAUGCAAAUAAUGCAAAAUAAACAAAAGUAGAAAAUGCAGGUAAAUGUUAAUUUGAUUUCCUGCUAUUUCUAUAACUCUAUAAUACUGUAGAAGAGAGCAAGCAGGAGCCUGGCUCAAGAAAAGAGCAAUGAAAAACUGAAUAGUUAGAAACACACACAGACUUUUACAUACCGGUAUUUAUUCAGUAGUAAGCCCCAUUGAGUUCAUGGGGCCUUACUCCCAGGUACAUUUGAAUCUCUGGAUUCAGGGUCCCAUAUUGUCUGGAUUCAGGGUCCUAUCACUUACCUGGAAGAAAGCCCUAUUGAACUCAUUUAUAGGAUUGCACAGUCAUACAAAUUAGACUCUUCUGAGAAGUAUGUAUUGCAAGAGUGGCAUGAAAUAGAUUCUACUUUUCUUUCCCAAGUUUGUGACUAUCAAAGCAUGAUUAGCAUGUAUUUAAGGGAUAAGCAAUCACAAGUCAUAUAUAAUUCAGGAUUUGAAUUAUAAGGGGGGUGGCUUUACCUUUUCUGCCAGUCCCCUUUGCUAAAAUUGGAGGGAGACAAGAGGCUGGGACUCAUGGAUGUCAUAAAGGAGAGGGCUUAUCUCUUCUCCCAUCAUUUGAACACUGGUGCAGACGUUAAAAGAAACUUAAAGCAUGCAGCAGAGGCGUCCCCUCUUUGCAACUCUUUCCUCUCCCAGCCAUACAGGGAUUCUGAAACCCAGAAAGAGGCAGUGGCACUUGAAGAAGGAAUGAAAGGAGCAGACAUCCCCUGGCUGGAUCAGUUGGAGUGUGGGAAUACUGUGAUACCUAGAAACUUUGGCCACUGUGGAUGCAUAGAACUGCAUCUCAUCUGAAAAGGACUAGAAAGGUUUGGGCUGCAGUCCGAACCAUAAUUAGUAGGGAGUAAGCAAUGUUGAACAAGAUGGGAGUUCCUUCCAAGUGAAUACACAUAGGGUUGUUUUGUGUAACAUAAGGUUUUCCCAGCUGGUGUGUCUCAUCAUCUGCUAAGGUGAUGCAGAAAGUCUGGCUCUAGGGUGUGUAAAUUAUUGGAGAUGCUGCAAUUUCCUUUCUAUAGUACCGCAGUUAUUUCUGCCAGCAUCAUACAGAUGGCAUCAUAAAGAUGCAGGGGCAAGAGUUGUGAUUUGACUCUGGUGAGGAUACGCUGCAGAUCUGCGGCAUUCGGUUUACUUUCUAUGCUCUGGAGAUUAAGGUGGUAAGGGGCCCGGGAGAGGAAAAACCUUUGGAGGAGAGGGAAAGGUUAGUAGAUACUUACAGUGCUUUGCCAACUCCAGGUGUACUUCAGAACCUUGUGCUAAAGCAGAGGUCUUCUAUGCGCAAUGCACAAUGCACAAAUCCAAAGGCAAGUUAGUUUCGACUAGGGUUCACAUGGCGUAAUUUCUGUUUACCAUAGGCUGGAAACAAUUCACCCCAGUACAUGAUCCUUUCUGCUAGAGCGGACUACCUUUUCAUCUGUUGCAUGGGCCUUUCUUCAUGUAGCAUGGAGCUUCCAUUUGGUUCUUCAAGGCUUGAUCUGGCCGGGGAUCCACAAACCUGUUUUAACAUACAGACUGCCCUGGCGGGACUUGGGCAAAUGAAUGUGGUAAAAUCAACCCCUGUAAAGACGCACUCCAGUGCUGUUAUAUAAUACUGAGAUACUCUUUGUUUGACUAGUAUUUGUUGUAGUCACCCUUCAAGAGGCCUUUGAGGUCUAGAGUUGGGCCAGAAUAAAUUUGUUUCAGGUGUUUAAAGCCAAUGAAACAAAUUUAAACAAGUAUUUAAAGCUGUAACAAUGAAACAAAAUGAUGGCGGUAUUUCUUGAUACAGUAUUUAUGUUGUGAUACCAGGGAUAGACCAAACAGUUGGAUGGAUGGUUUAUUACUGUACAUUUAGCUCACACCCUUCCUCCUAAAGAAGUCCCUUGUGGCAAAUACAUUUGUGAUAAAACAAUACCAUUUAAAAGCUUAUUUUAAACAUUUUUUUAAAAGUAAAAGUAUCCAAAAUCAUUAAAAACAAUUAAUAGCAUCUAAAAGCAUUUGAGCAGUUUUGAUAUAAAAAAAGAUGCCGUCAAAUAACAUGUAUUAUUUUUUAAAAUUGUGCACAUAAGCAACUAAAUAUGUGUAGCGUCCACAUUUAGAAUAAAAAAAAAAUACAGGUAGCUUUGUUAGCCCAUAAGAAAAAUUCCAAAAUCCAUAUUAUUGCUCUGUUUACCAUUUAACCUGAUGAAGCAUUCUGGAGAACUCCAAAGCUUGCAUACUGUUUUGUGACAUUUUAGUUGGUCUUAUAAAGACGUGGCCCCAAUAUGCAUUAACAGAGUUACUUAAGUUCAAGCCCAUUUAAAUCAAUAAGUUUAACUGCAACUAUUCAUGUACUGGAUUGUGUUCAGCAAGGAUAAAAGACAAAAGUCAUUUAAAUAUAUGAUAAUGGUUACGAAGCAGGUCAGGGGUGCCUGCUCUGAAAUGAAAUGUGUAGGUAUUGACUCCUGCAGAGCUGAGGGGAGGACUCUGAGGAGCUUCCACUCAUGCCUCUGUUCUCAAAAAAAAGUCCACUUGAAUAUUUGUCCAUGGUCGAAUUUUUGUCAUUUAUAGCACCCUCCCCCCCAAAUAAUAAAAGCACCCUCCGCCACAAAUAAAGAAUCGUGGAAAUGGUAGUUUACGCCUUGUUGUUUAGUCGUUUAGUCGUGUCUGACUCUUCGUGACCCCAUGGACCAGAGCAUGCCAGGCAGUCCUGUCUUCCACUGCCUCCCGCAGUUUGGUCAAACUCAUGCUGGUAGCUUCGAGAACACUGUCCAACCACCUCGUCCUCUGACGUCCCCUUCUCCUUGUGCCCUCCAUCUUUCCCAAUAUCAGGGUUUUUUCCAGGGAGUCUUCUUUUCUCAUGAGGUGGCCAAAGUAUGGGAGCCUCAGCUUCAGGAUCUGUCCUUCCAGUGAGCACUCAGGGCUGAUUUCCUUAAGAAUGGAGAGGUUUGAUCUUCUUGCAGUCCAUGGGACUCUCAAGAGUCUCCUCCAGCACCAUAAUUCAAAAGCAUCAAUUCUUCGGUGAUCAGUCUUCUUUGUGGUCCAGCUCUCACUUCCGUACAUCACUACUGGGAAAACCAUAGCUUUUACUAUACGGACCUUUGUUGGCAAGGUGAUGUCUCUACUUUUUAAGAUGCUGUCUAGGUUUGUCAUUGCUUUUCUCCCAAGAAGCAGGCGUCUUUUAAUUUCGUGGCUGAGUUUACGCCUUACAGAAGUACAUUUUCCAGCACCCUUAACAAACAGUUCCCAAGUUUCUUUGGGAGGAAGUUACAGGCUUUAAAUGUAUAGUGCAUGUGCAGGCUUACUAGAUGUUGUCCAAGCCACUAGGCGGUGACUUACUAUAAGCAGCAUUGCUCAUUAUUGGAGACAGGAUGCUGGGCUAGAUGGUCUUGCCCUCAUUGUGCCACUUUUUCAGUACUCAACUGUAAACAAUGUAAAAAAAGAAAACGACAUUUACAUUAAAGGGAAGGAACGAUUGUCUGGUAGAUAAGAAACAGGGCAGGGAUUCAAAAGACCUUGGUUCAGUCUUAGACCUCCCUUUGUGACUUUAGGAAACGCAGUAGAUUGGCUCUGUAUCUCAGUUCCUAUUUGGUUAUGAUGGAUCAUUAAGAAUUUCCUAUCUUACACGGGGUAUCGUGAGGACAGCCAGCGACAGCAUUCGGAGGAAAGUGGCUAGCUCAGAUGGUUAUGAAAAACAAAUGUUUGUCUGGGACCCUCCACCUUUUUCUGUGCCUUUGAGAUUCAAAAAUGAAUAAAUGAAUGCAGUUGAUUUAUUCGUUUCUAACAUUUAUAUCCGGUCUCUUUGUUAAGCAAGGACAUUUUAGGCCGUCUGUUAGGGCAUUUUGGAAUGUAACCAUGUUUUCAACAUACGGAUGGGCAGACAUUUUGUUGUUGCUUCGUGAAAUGCCCGCAAACCCUAUCAUUUGUUGAUAAACUGCAUUUCCCCUAACACUUGUAUAUACGGUGUCUUGGGUAUUAUAUGACUAGAAGCAGAAAGCUCUCAAGCAAAUAGGACCUGGGAAACCAGGGUUCAAACACCCACUUGGCCAUGAAGUUCACUGGGAAACCUUGGACCAGUCACUGCCUCUCAUAGGGUUGUGCGGAUUAAAUGAGAAGGGGGUAGAGCAGUGUAUGCCACCUUGAGUUCCUUGGAGAAAAAGGAGGGAUAGAAAUGCAAUAAACAAAUAAACAAAACAAAUGAUUACUCAUUAUCACAACAGUGGUCACAUAUGGCCCACUGAAUCACUUUUGGAUUACAGCUGUCAUUGCCUUGGCAUUCUUCUUCCUCUCUAUUUAUGCGCUGGGCUUGGUUCUGUGGACAAAUGUCUUACUAGAAUAACUCAACAAAUAGACUUCCCACGCUCCUGCAGAAGGGGUCCCACCAAAACACCAAACCAGGCAAGGUAUUAUCUCAAUGUUACCUGUUAUUUUUCAGCACCAUUUUUAGGUUUGACUCUCUUUUGUUUUAUCACAAGUGUUCAGUCUUGUGCUCUAGAAAGAUAGAAAAACUACAGACUUUACUCUGUCUGCAUGUAGAAGCGCAGACUUGCUGUAUCUGAUACAUAUCGUAUGGCAUGCUUAGAGGCAUGAUCAAGAGAACAAGAGGUGGGGAAAGGUUGCAAAGGAGAAAGGGGGAGAGAUGACAGUGCACUUUUUUUUUACCCCAACAAUAAGUUUAUAAUCAGGUAGCUUCAGGAAAGACUAGGAGACCAGAGAGUGUGAGAAAAUACCUUAUUCAUACAAAAUCUGGAGAUUAGAGCAGCAAAUUAUUAAUGGGUUUCCUUUAAAUGGGGCUGGGGAAUCUCAGGCCUCUGGGCUUUUCUCUGUGACCCUCAAAACUCUUGCCAGGCGACCAUGUUCCUGCCUAGGCCACACUCCUCACUUGGCCACCCUUGAGGGCUUUUGUCAGACUAUAAAAUGCCCUUGCGUGUCUCUUGCUUGCCUAGAUGGAAAGGAGCGUGUUUUGUGUCGGUUUAUAGAAAUUAAUUUUUGUGUGCGAGGGGUGUAGCUACUGUAUCCAUUGCCCCUCUCACUUUUCCUUUAGGCCUCCCACACAACUGACAGAUGGGAGGUUGCUCAUGAAGAAAUGUGGCCCUCAGGCUAAAAGGUUCCCCCAUUCCUGCUUUAAAGCUAGGUACAGGGAUGCAGAAGAGGCACAUCUAUGACAUAGUGAACUGUGUGGGGAGAAGAUGCAGCCACAUAUUUCAAAUGCUGCGGUGCUAAACCACCGUGUCCUCCUGCUUCACCCCGAGGCAUGGCUAGCUAGCCUAUGCUUUUUUUGACUGCUCAGAACAUUCCCAUCCACCCUUCAGGCUGAAAUCAUAAUUAGAGUCCAUGGACAAGGAGAAAAACUUUCCCACCCAAAAGGGAAAUGAGAGGCUGUGUUGCUGAGGCAGCCAGCCCAAGUAAUAAUAUAAUCUUAGAAGAAUGCAGUUCCCUCGAGUAAAGGAAGUUCUGAAAACUUCAACAUGCAGAGCCAUUAAAAUAGCUGUUGCUUGUUUGGCUGUAACUUUGUCUGCGGAUCCAGGCUUCUGAAAUGCGGGGUGAGGGGAGCUCAGAGUGAAGCACUGGGGGGGGGGGAGUAUUUUCUUUUGUGUGUAUAAAUGACACACAUGGUCCUUGAGAUGAGAGUGUUCUCCUCAGGUGGCGUAGGCAUCUUUAAUAUCCCAACAUCUGCUCUCAUUGAAACUGAGCUUCAAGGACCCAGCAACAUCCAUUUUGUUUUGUUUUGUUUUUUAAUUUUUUAUUCAUUUUACAAUACAAAUUUAGAAAAAAACACAUACACAAUUCACCAAGCCAUUCUUUUAGACUUCCCUCAGCUCUUCCGCAAAUCCUCCGUUUUAAUUCUAUCUUCCGCAUUUCUUAAUUUAAUAUUGCCUUUAGUUGACCAACCUUCUCCCUCCCUACUCCCUUUUUUACAAUAUUUCUAUCAUAAUCUUUCACAGAGCUUCUUGCAAACCAACAAACGUUAUUUGUUCAUCGCAUAUACUUUUCAAAUAAUCUACAAAUUUACUCCAGUCCUCGGUGAAUCUGUGGUCUCGUAGGUUUCGGAUCUUUCCUGUUAAUUUAUCAAGUUCUGCAUAUUCCAUUAGUUUCAUUCUCCAUUCUUCCCUCGAUGGUAAUCCUUCUUGUUUCCACUUUUGGGCCAGUAGUAUCCUUGCCGCUGUUACUGCGUAUAAAAAAAGUUUACAGUCCUUUCUAUUUAUUUCAUUCCCUACCAUUCCCAACAAAAAUGCCUCUGGUUUCUUAAUAAAUGUAUAUUUCAACAUUUUUUUCAAUACAUUAUAUACCAUUUCCCAGAAGCCUUUUACCUUUUUACAUUCCCACCACAUAUGAUAAAACGUUCCCUCUUUUUCUUUACAUUUCCAACAUUUGUUACACACUUUAUACAUUCUUGCUAACUUUACUGGAGUAAUAUACCAUCUAUAUACCAUUUUCAUUACAUUUUCUUUUAACGCAGUACAGGCCGUAAAUUUUAACCUUUCAUUCCAUAAUUUAGCAACAUCCAUUUUGAGGCAAAUAAGCCUCGCUCUGCUUUUUCAGGGCCAGUGUCUAUGGCGCGUCAGCAGGCCAACAAGGAGCAAGAAGGGCAGCAAGACUAGAUGGGAACAGCACUAACACGAAGGAGGAAAAGUCUACAUACACACCAUACACUGAAGCACCUAACUUUCCACAGGAAUUAUGGGAACUGUAGAUCAAAGGUUCUGGGAACUGUAGCUUUGCGGAGGGGAAAACUACAGUUCCCAGGAUUGUAGCCAAAAUGAGGUAAUGAUGCAGGGACAAAGAUGGCAAAAUAACUAGAUUAUUUAUACCUCUGAUUAAGGUAAGGGUAAAAUACCCCUAUAAUAUAAAUCUUUAGAAGAUAGUGUCAUUGUGAUCUACCAAAAUAAAGAUGACUGUUGAAGGUUCUCUUCCCCCAACGUGCGUAUAACUACCCAGGGUAUUAAAUAUUCCCCUGAAGAAGAACUAUGUAUCAUGGGAUACCAUGAGGUAAUUUUGGACUCUGGACUUAAUGGUCUUACAGUUUAUUUCCAUACAUGUCUAUUCAGACUCAAGUCCCAUUAAGUUCAGUGGGAAUUAAAGCCCUGGUAAGUGUAGGACUGUGCCUUUAUUUAAGUUAAUGGAUCCCCCUGCUUUAAGAUGUGUAUAUUUCUUUGACAUGCGAUGAGGCAGCUAUGUUGCAUUUGGGGGCCGUCCUGCUCAUUCUGCUGAAUGGGGCUUUGGACCUCUGCCCCAGAGCCCUUCCCUGACACUGUUGGGAUGUAGAUAAUCCAUCGUUUUUGAACAAUGAAACAGGAUGUCCUGCAAGUCAAUGAUUCACAAGGAGAUAAGAGGGACUUAAAUUUAAUAAUGUUCUAUGAGUUGACUGCAUAAUUAAAUUAAUAUAUCCUAGGUCAGCUUAGGGUAUAUCUGGGGUAUUAUUUCAAAUAGAUCUGAAAUGUGAGCGGAGCCUAAAGUUGCAUUUGAAAUCCACAUUGAGUUUCAAGUUCCAGUGCUACCAAGGCAACCAUCACAGAUCCCUGUGUAUUCUUGCUUUAUUAUCUCCCAAGGUUAUUGGACUCCUUUUUUUGCCAUAUCAUUUUUAUUAAUUUUACAAUAAUGCUUUCCAUUACAAUCUCUCCUCUUACAUUAUACAUUUUGGCAUUUUAGAGCCAUGACUUCCUUCAAACCUUCCUUGUGAUUUUCUAUCUUUCAUUUCAAAUUUCUGCAUUUUCACUACUUAACCAUUGCUUUCAAAUCAAAAACAUCAAAGCAUCAUAUUUUCUUAUUCUUCUCUGCAGUGAUUUUUAUACCUUUCCUUCCAAAGCUUCUUGCAAUCCUACCAACAUGUUUUAUUGACUACAAUUCUCUUUCAAAUAAUUUACAAAUUUAGUCCAGUCCUUGAGGAACUUCUGGUCCCGCUGUUCUCGGAUUCUUCCCGUCAUUUUGGCCAGUUCCGCAUACUCCAUUAACUUCAGUUGCCAUUCUUCCUUUGUCAGUAAUUCCUCUUGUUUCCACUUCUGUGCUAAUAAAAUUCUUGCUGCAGUUGUUGCAUAUAGGAAAAGCUUAGUAUCUUGUCUGUUAAUGUCUGUACCUACAAUUCCCAGUAGAAAAGCUUCCUGUUUUUCAGUACAGUGGAUGCUCGGGUUGCGAAUGUGAUCCGUGCGGGAGGCACGUUCGUAACCCACAGCGCCGCGUCUGCACAUGCGCGGGUUGCAAUUCGGUGCUUCUGCGCAUGUGCAAAGUGCGAUUUAGCGCUUCUGCACGAGCGCCAAAACCCGGAAGUAACCCGUUCCGGUACUUCCGGGUUUCGGUGCAUCUGUAACCCGAAAACUCGCAACCUGAAGCGUCUGUAACCCAAGGUAUGACUGUAUAUGUAUAUUUCAACAUUUUCUUAAUUUCAUUAUAUAUCAUAUUCCAGAAGCAUUUCCCUUUCUUACAAUCCCACCACACAGUGUUAUUGGACUCCUGCUCCCAUCAUCCCUGACUACUGGCCACAUUAGCUGAGGGCUGAUGAGAGUUAGAGUCAAAUGACAUCUGGAGGGCCAGACUCUCCACUCACAAUUUGUGAAGUGGGCCUAAAUUGUGAAAAGCUGUAGACGAAGUGGUUUGUCCAAUUGAGGAACGUUGGUUUUUAGGAGUUUCCAGAGGAACUGGACACAAUUCUGAUGGACAAAGCAAAACCAUUAAAAAAAAAGUUAUUUCAAAAAAGCAGCAUAGAAGUCAAGACCUUGGCUAUUUAAUGGGCAAGUCAAGGCUCACAAUUCAUCAUGAAGUCUAAUUACCUUUGUUGCUCUACUUUAUUACGCUUUAUUGUGGACUCUGGGCAUAAUUGCAUCUGUGUCUAGGAAGUUUUAGUGCUUGUCACCUGCAAAGACAUUCUGCCCUUGGUGCAGGUUCUGCAAGCCCCUAUGAAAACGUAGCCCUGAAAAAGAUCCAAGCAAUUUAAACAGCCAUUGUUACUUGAUUCCAGCUUAAAUUACAGAGCGAAAUGCUAAACAUUUCAGUCCUCUUUGGGACAUUAUCAACUCAUUUAUCCAGAGUGGGAUGUGAUAUACUGCUAGGCUGGCAGAUAACACAGCAAAUAAAGGCUCUUUCAAAUAGUAGUUCUUAAAGAAGAAACGUGAUCUCUGCUUGGAAUAAUGAGGAAAAACAGGCGAGCAUAAAGAGGUGAAUCGAGUUGAUCUGAUACCUUUCUUUUUAACUGCAAAUUUUCUGUGGCAGCAUAAAUGAGUUGAAAAAGAUACACUUUCAUGCCUACUGACUUGUAUUUAGAUUGAUAUUUAGAUAGGCUUCAAAGCUAAUUACAAAAAAGUAACUAGAAUUCAUAUCUGAGGAUUAGUAUCCAUAUAUUUGCAACAAAUGCAAAAAUUAAAUUUGGGUCACCAUCUGCUUAUACAGUGGUGCCUCGCAAGACGAAAUUAAUCCGUUCCGCGAGUAUCUUCGUCUAGCAGUUUUUUCGUCUUGCGAAGCAACCCUAUUAGCGGCUUAGCGGAUUAGCGCUAUUAGCGGUUUAGCGGCUAUUUAGCUGCUAAAAGGCUAUUAGCGGCUUAGCGGCUUAGAAAAGGGGGGGGGAGCGAAAAAAAAUCUCAAGACUCGCAAGACAUUUUCGUCUUGCGAAGCAAGCCCAUAGGGAAAUUCGUCCUGCGAAGCAAGCCCAUAGGGAAAUUCGUCCUGCGAAGCGCAUCGAAAAACGGAAAACCCUUUCGUCUAGCGGGUUUUCCGUCUUGCGAGGCAUUCGUCUUGCGGGGCACCACUGUACCCUGGCCUUUCUUUUUCAGGUGGGUGGGGUACAAACAGGACCUAUAACAAAAUGUUGAUAUUUUAUCUGUACCACCUAACAAAAGUGCUCAGCUUCCCAGCCAGCUUUGUCUCCUGGAGGACACUCCAUUUCACCACUAUGUCCUUUUUGUUGUUGCUGCUGCUUUUUCUUAUCCCCAUUGGAGGAGGGCCUUCUUUCAAAUGUCCUCACCUGCAUACAACAGGUGCUCUUUUGGACAGUUUGUGCAAUUUUGGUUGCAAUCCAAUCAAUCAAUCAAUCAAUCAAUCAAUGGGACUUACUUCAGAAUAGAAAUAUGUAGACUUUCACUGCUCAUUUAUUGCUUGUGACUUUUCCUCCCUCUUUUUAUUUUUAUUUUUAAAUACAAACUUAGAUGUGUGUUCUUAAGGGGAGGGGACCCAUUCCUGCUCAUAUACAGUGGUACCUCUAGGUACGAAUGGGAUCCGUUCCAGAGCCCCGUUCGCAUCUAGAGGUAAAUGUAACUAGCGACGGCACAUCUGCGCACGCGCACAUCGCUUUUCAUCACUUCUGCGCAUGCGCGUGACGUCAUUUUGAGCGUCUGCGCAUGCGCAAGCGGCGAAACCCGGAAGUAACACGCUCCGUUACUUCCAGGUUGCCGAGGAGCGCAACUCGAACAUGCUCAACUCGAAGCAUAUUUAACCCGAGGUAUGGCUGUAAUAGUAAUUGGUUUGUGUUGUGGUUUUGUUUCGUUUUUUGUUUGUUUGUUUGUUUGUUUGUUUUUGUGGGGUUUUUUUACAUGGGCCUUUUAUUGACAGGCUGUUAACUGCCUUGGAUAUUGCACUUAAUGGAAGAAAGGCAGUAAAAUCAAAUAACUACACGGGAUGUUUAAGAUAAAUACCAGGUGGCCUGGCUCACAAUCUUUUAGCUUUCAAACAGGUGUACAGAUGAAAUGAAUGGGAGAAGGUGGUCCUUUUGCUCAAGAGCAGAGGACGUCCAGAAGGACAUGAGCAUGGAUGCAUGGCCAGCCACAGGGUUGGCACAGGAAUUCCUUGGCAGAAGCCCGGGUGGCUUGGAAGCCGGCACAAAGCAGCUUGUUGGGGAAGGAGGCUUGGCAGAGCACAAAACCUCCUCUAGCCCCAUAAUCUCAUUUGGAGUAAAGUGAUCCCAGCACUCCAGCCAAGAUGGCUUGUGGCUUUUGUGGGGAUGAAUGCAGCAGAUGUUAAAUCACAGGAGAAUGUUAGCCCUUUGCUUGUUGGCUACCUCCUAGCCUUGUGGCUUUCGAGCUCAAUACUGAAAUGUAACUGGUGGGGCUUUGAUUAGGAAAGGAAAAGCCUGCCCAAAAAUUGCAGCUCCCCACCCCCUGGCCAUCUUCUCUCUCCUUUAUGCCAGUAGGCAAGAUGGUUCGUGUCAAGGGGGAAGAGGUGAAAAUUAUAGGGUGUCGAGAGAUCCAAGUGCAGAUCAGACUGAAGCAGCUACACCCUUCUGAGACAAUGCACUGGAAGGAUGUGCCUAGGAGGGGCCUGGGCUUGGGAGUUCCGCUCUCUGUGAGCUGUGGGGAACGGGAUGCCAUUCCAAGGAAGGAGGAGGUAAGGUGAAGAAGGUGGAAUACUCCCAGCUGGCGCCUCAUGCCCUGAGGACCACUUAAGUCAGGAAGCCUGCCCUUCCAGCCUAGUUGAGACCUAUUGGACUCCACGAGGCUGAAUUAGAUCAAGUGCCUACAGACUGGCUACAUCUGUGCAGCGCAGCACUGUGCUGGAAAAAAAUGCAACGCUUGCUCAACUACAAAAUCUGGUUAUUUCAUGCAAACAUCAUUUUAAUGAAGGCUUUCUCUUAGUUAAUUGCCCUUUGACUAAUUCACUUAGCUGACCUUUUUCUAAAAGAACAAAACACCAAAUCACAGAAUCGCUCUGUUCCUUUCGAAAGACCUUUGCAUCGUACUUGCUUGCCUCUUUAUGUGACCUCCAUCUGCAGGGUGUUUAAUUAAGCCUACCUUACGGACACCUCCAGUAUGGUACACCUUGCUCACUCCUGAUGCAUUUGUGGCACUCAGGACACUUCCAGGCUGUUCCUACAUUUGAGAGGGAUUCAGUCACAUACUGGCAGAAGCACCUUGUGCAAUUGCAGUGGUCUGGAGAUCUCGCUCAACAAACCAGCUCAGACUAAAUUUCAGCCAUGUGUAGGGUUGGCUUGGUGGCUGCUUCUGCUUUGCACCUUAUGCUCAAGAGGGGGUGAUUUGAAACUCCCCCUUCCACACACCAAUUUACUACGCUGUUCCAGGUCUGUAUUUCAGACUUAAACACCGUUGAGUAUGGGCUAGCAGGGGAAGAGUUAAGCCUGUUCUCUGCAUUAUUUUUUUUUAUCCAUUGCAAAUGCUUUCCUCUCCUGGAAGUGUAUUUGCAAGGGGACAGACAGUUCCUGUCAGGCUAAUGUUGCAAGAGAAGGGCUGUCCUGUAACCUUUAGUAUGUCCUUAAAAAAUUCUGGAGUAUGUUUCCAUUUCCCUACCAUAUGCAGUUCUUGAUUUCUCAAGCACAUGAGCCUGUCAGAAACUUGCACCUUCCCCCAGAUGGUAUGCAAUCAUAUAGUUUGACCUAACCAUGUGGUGUGAGACAGUGUGGUGUAGUGGUUAUAAUAUUGGACAAAGGCCUGGGAGGAUGGGGUUUAAAUCCCUACUCAGCCACAAGACUUGCUGGGUCACCUUUGGCCAGUCACCUUCUCUUAGCUCAAACUACCUCACAGGUUUGUAGUGAGGAUAAAAUGGGGAAGGUGGAAGUGCCAUGUGCAUUACCUUGAGCUCCUUGGUAGAAAGGCAGACGUUUAAUAAGAAAUGCCUAAAAUAGGUAGCAAAGAGUACCAUGCUAGAAAUAUCUAGGAUGGCAGAAACCACGCCACUCCAGAUAAUGUUUAAACGGGAAUUGAGUAAUUCUUUCUCACUGCAGGUUAUCAAAAUAGAUGACCCCCUUUAUCUUUUUCCCCCCAGAAGUGCGACCUUACUUGGUCUUGAAGUAAACCAAGGCCUGGUUCAUUGCAAUCUCUAGGAGAGUUAUCAGGGCAGAAAUUUGUGCCUUGCCUGUUUGUCAUCUUCACUUAAAAUUUAGCUGAGCAAAAAACAAUUCGUUACAUACAUACAGCUUGGGGCCUGUUGCUUCUGAAGCUGCUGUGGUGGGGGUAGAACUAACAGGGUUUAAAAAGCACAUAAGGCCUUGCUUAGUGGGCAGAGUAGCUUUGAGUACCAUGUAUCUGGAUUUCCCACCUGCUUCAGCCACAACAGGCAUUUGUUGCAUUCUGGCAUUGCUAAAUUCUGUGGUAUGGGAAGAAGCAGGACCCCAGGAAGACCAUGAUAAACAAAGGGUGACACUCGACCCUAUCUCUCAGACUUAGUGGCCUCACGAUGGUCUUUCCAAGUGCAUAUUAAGAAGAGGAAGGUGGGUAUUAUUAGGGUUUAAAGUGCAGGAUUGGGAUCUGAAGGCUAUUCUUAGCUCUGCUUCUAACUUCCUGGCUGAAAUCCCAGCUUUGCUCAAAGUCGGUAGGAGCCUGCCGUUAACUUCUGUGAAGCCAAGCUCUAAGGACACCCAGAUCCCAAAUCAGGGAGGCAGAAGUUCACCCAAAAAUGUCAGGUUGCAAGCCAAUGGUUAUUUUUGUGGAGCAAGGGAAAUGAGCACUCUUAUUACUGCAAAGGCAUGAGCCUUGGGUCGUGCUUCAGUAGUUGGAUACAGAGGCUAUACAGAAGCAGGUAUCAUCCACACAUUUUGGCUUGGGUUUGCUAGCCGUGUUUUGUCCCUACCUUUUUCAGAGUCUUCUGUGCAACUCAGAGAACUUGGAGGGGUGUGUGUGGAAUGAUGGAGUGGCCUCUCCUAUGGUCCUGGGCUUUAGAGCACAUGGAAGCACUUCCACAGACUCCCAGGCUGAGCACAAUGAGAUUAACUCCUCCUGAGACUUGGAAAGGGGAGGCGGAGUUAAUAGCAAUAAUUACAAGUAAAAAUAAAUAAAAUACAUCUGCCAUGGAGUCUAGCCGAGGCUGAACCAUCAUAGGUAGCCCUAAAUGCUCCUUUAUUCAUUUGGUAUGUUAGCACUCCUUCUAAUAGCAGACUUUGCUGGUGAGCGCUGACAGGAUUGUAGCCAAAAUUGAGGCCUAGAAACAAGAGAGGGAGAUAUCAGGAUGCAUGGGGGAUCCAAUGAUGUCAAAAAGUUUAAAAAAAAACUAUUGGUUUUACUCUCUCUCUCUCUCUCUCUCUCUCUCUCUCUCUCUCUCUGUCUGUCUCUGUCUCAGACCGAAAACUAAUACCCCAAACAGCCCAGUGAGGGCUGAGCAUUCUCAGUGACCACAUAAUUCCAGGGGUCUGUUGUAGCAGGUAGGGAAUAGAAAACUGGCAGGGAGGGCAAAAGGAAUGGAGUAUCCUCAGGCUGGUUGGUUGGCUGGCUGGCCAGCACACUGAACAGGAACACUUCACACUGCAGCAUUUUGUUGCAGGUUGUACUAGUAUGUCAUUCUUAGGUUAAAGUGCUAAUAAUUGCACUCAGCUAUCAGUUUUAAGACACCAAACCCUAAUAAAAAUUACGGGGUUCUCAUCACCCCAAAUCUGAACUCAGAAAUGUCAAAAAUGUGGAACAGCUCUGGCAUGUCAUUUGGCCGAUCCUAUAAAUGGUUGAAAGAUUUUUCUCUGUGUUAUUGUUCAGCUCUGUUCCUGUUUAAUUGCAGCUUUCCUGUGGGUUGCAGGUUAUAUAAGAAUGUAGACGUUUCCUGAUUACUGUCUAGCAGAAUAUCUGAGCCCUAGCUUAACAUGACAUGUUUGGCAUUUGGAUGACAAUGAAAAUCUUCAUAUAUGGAAAACAAUCCAGUUUCCAUGGCCUCCUCGUGCCUACUCUAAAGGCACGCUUUGGUAGCUAAGGACAUUUCCUUACAGUUAUCCCAAUCUGAUGUGCUAUAAAAUUAACCCAGCAAAGGCUCUGCCAGGCAAUGUUCUGAUCACUCAGGCCUGAAACUAUAUUUCAUCCCAGUCAACCUGUUCUCCACACACUCAGGGAGCUGCCAUGGUUUUCAUUGUGUUUCCCCGUGCCCCCUGCCUCCACCCGCCCUUUUAUACUCUCGGCUGGCCCCUUUUGCAGCCAGGAUGUUUUUUUUCUUGCCAUUUUAUUGUUCCAGUGACCUAGCAACUCUGCACCGGUGGACUCUUGCCAGUCAACUUCCUCUCUGAGCUGCCUGACAGACUCCAACGAUGUUGCCAUCAGAAAUGAGUAGAAGUUGAAAUGGUGACAAAAUAGGGUCUCUCUCUCUCUCUCUCUCUCUCUCUCUCUCUCUCUCUUAUAAUUCCUACUCAUCCACAUUAUUCCUCGGUUGUUGUGGUGGCUGUGGUUCUUCUUCUUAUUGUUAUUAAAGCCCUAAGCAUCAAUUCUGUUUUACCAGGAAAAGAAAGAGUUCACAAGAGAAUUCCAAAUGGGAAUAUAGAUACUGGGUGGAGUAACAUUUUAAACAAGCAAGAAAAUCCAUUUAUACCAGAAUGAACUUUGCUAAUCUUGAGCACUGUCAAGAAGAUAAGCUGAAAAGCACGUCAAUAAAGCAAAAUCAUAUGCAGAAUUUAUAGAAAGAUGCCUUGGUGUUCAUUAUGCACCAGAAAACAAUAGUUAUAACCAACCAAUGUCUAUUGACGAUUCUGAAUAGAAAGGGGUCUGUUAGCAGAAAAAAUAUUGCUGUAGAUUGAGACUGUGCCCAAAAACCAACACAGCACCUAUGCUGGUCUUAUGCUGAACAUUUUUUAGCAUUCACAAAACAUGGAGAGUCCCUCUUUCAAGUAUUAUUCAAAAAGAAAUAAUGGAUUGGCAACCUUUUUAAUUUUUGUAGACUUAGAACAUAAUAAUAUUGAUGAUGGUGGUGAUUAAUAAUUCCUUAGAGGUGCAUUGGCUCAUUAUGAGUUUUUAAUGCAUGGAGGCUAGCCCUUUUAAUAGGUUCUCCUCUUCUCCUGUGCAUUUAAACCAGUUUCUAGUCUACUCUGUGGUAAUUUUCUCUCUCUCUUUCUGUGGUGGGCUGUGAGACCUACUUGGAUUUAUCUGGCAUUGGCGUCCUCUCCUUGCUUGUUUUCCUAGGAACAAAAUGGAGAGACAUUCCAAAUGAAGUGAUCUGCAUAAGUAAAUAGGAAUGUGGAUUGUCAAUAAGAAGUAUAGAGUAUUAUGCAGAGAAAACUGCAUGUAAUUCAACAAAUGCAAUACCAAAACAGAUUUGUAUAUAUUUUGAUAAAUGCCACCUGUAAAACAAAACAUGCAGCACUGUUGUUGAUUUUAGGAUGCUACAGUCAAGCAGAUUGCAAGUGCCACAUUUAUAUGCCCAAAUGGAACCACAGAUUCUCAUGAAAGGCACCAGUGCUUCCUGUGAACUUCCCAGUGGCCUGUGUGUGCUCCCAAGGCAUGUGUGUGGCAGCUCUCUCUCUAAGUGUGAACCUGUCUUCAGAAACCAAAACAAAUGACAAAAUAAUUACAUUCCCAGAAUUUCAAAGCCCAUUAGACUGGGCUUGGUGCCGGUUGCUCAAUAUUCAAGGUUUACAAAUAAUGUGAAAUAAACGUGCUGUGGCUGCGCACGUGCCAGAGUGUGGCCUGCAUGAGACCAUGCUGGUGCAGCUUAUUAAAAAAAUAGUGGUACUUGUAUGUGGUCUGUCCAUGUGGUUUCCAUUGUUUCCCUCUGUGCUGAACAGGUUGCCUGUCCCACUAAGGAAAGGGUUAAUUGCAUUCCCCUGCUUAUCAGAGAAAACAGUGCACCCUUUUUAAGGAAUAUUCUCCACAUGCUGAGGACGCUGUAGAAUUGGUUUUCUGCUUUGAGGAUUUUUCUCAGUGCUGCUCCUUUCAGGGAAAGAACACGGAAGGAAACUGAAAGAGUCCAGAUUUAGGACCGAAGCUUUUGUUCGCACAGCACAAACUCGCUUGGCUCCAAAACGGCCUCCACCCAUAAUCAUUACAUCCGCAGCAGUGUUUGAAAAACACAGUCCAGAGAGCUGCUUUCCUAGUAGCUGAUAAAGGAGUGGGCUGCUAAAGUGUGUGCUGCCUCCCCAUGAAGCAGGAGAGGCCGACUGUCUUCUUUAUUAUUCUUUUCAGCCUAAACCUUACUGCUAAAGGUUUCCUACACAGACUGAGGAAUGAGGGAAUACAUAUUUUCUUCUGUGACACUCUCUCUCUCUCUCUCUCUCUCUCUCUCUCUCUCGUGUGAAGACUUACUGUGGAUUUUGCCAGAUUGCAAACAUUACUUUUACAGUUUCAGUUACUUUUCUCAUGAGAUUCUCUUUUUGUUCAGUGCGGUUUAAUUUCCAGAAAGAUGAAGAACACAUAACAUAUCUUUUUAGCUUUAAGGUUGCCAGAUGCUCCUUUACUUAGAAGACACCCUUUCUUGAGAAGGGAGUAACCAACCACUUCAUAGCAUGGCAUUUGCAUUAAGUACAAACAUGCACCUCUCAUUUCAGAGACCACAAAGAUUGAGGGCCAGAAGAACAGACAUGGUUCCUGCUAGAGAUGUGUGAUGCCCCCCACCUCACCCCCCCCCAUUCUCUGCCCUUGAAUCAGUGCAUAAGCUAGAGUACUGGAUAUAGUUUAGGGAGAUCCAAGUAUAAAUUGUAUUCAUAAAUGAUGCUCAGAGGAUACCUUUGGGCCAGUCACUUUCUCUAAACUACCUCAUAAGACUAUUGUGAGGGUAAAGCGUUGGUUGGGGUGGGAGAGACCAUGUACACUGUCCUGAGGAAGAGAGGGGGGGAAAUGUAAUAAACAGCAAAUGAAGGGAACAAAGUUGCGUAGAGUGACUCUCGGUGACCCUCUACAGCUAUGAAACUUGUAAACUAGGGAGGUUUAAAUUUAAAGUGUGAGUGAGCCAAAAUACACCCACCAACCAUGCUCUCUAUUGACUGUAUAUUAGGCAAGCUAAUGAAGAGGUCUUACUCAGCUACUGACAGUACAUGGGAUGAUACCCUGAUCAGGCCAUUUCCCAAGUUUGCUAAAUGUUUAGCUGGUGGAUAGGCAGGCCUUGCCUACAUAGCCUCACAAUCACCUCAUGUGUGUCUUCUUGAUAAGAGUUACGAUAUGGUUAAAUUUUAUUUCAUUUUAACUGGUUGUUUUCUUAAUCUAUGUUUUCAAUUUGUUAAAGCACAGCCUGAGUCUUUGCGAUGGAGAGGACUAGAAACCUAAGUAAAUGAUUAAUCCCUUCUUUUAUUCAAUAAGAUUUGCUAAUCAAAUUCCUUGUGCAUCAUAAUGUUGAAAAUAUAAUGCUGUGUAAACAGCACAUUUAUACUGGAUUGUGUCCCCCAAUCCAUACACGCAUACACUUUUGUAGCCAUUGAAGGGUGGAAUCUGCCAAGGACAAAUUGUGGGGAAGGAGUUGAUUAUCUUUAACCUACUGAGUGAUAUAAUUUUCCACUUUUUGUCUCUGAAUGUUUAAUUUGCAAAUGUGUUUUGAAAGGAUAACUGCAGAAGACUAACUCUGAAGUAUUCAACCAUUCAAAAUUUGAAUAAAUCAGAACUCAGAACUUCAGUUCUCUACUCAGCAGAGUUGCUUAUCCUGGCAUCCUAGCUGAAAAGCAAACACUUUUCUCUAAUUCCCUUCUGCAAGUCUUCCAGUUAGCCUUUAUAUUCUGCCCAGAAAUGUUUCAAAAAGUUUUGUUUCAUUUUCCCGAUGUAGUAACAAAUACACACAAAAGGAAAGGGUGGGGAAAUGAAGGGGCAAAUAAAAAUAAUAUAAUUGUACCAAUACAAAGUAUCCUGUUACAGAUCAGAUAUGCAUUUUAAAAAUAAUAAGAAUACUGUAUACACAGAAAUGAAAAAUACAGUUUCCCUUGUCAGCAGAUGCCAUAAAUAAGUUAAUAGAGCAGGGAUGCAUGCAAUACCAAAGGGGUAUGUAUAAAUUAAUUAAACUCAUAAAUUAAGCCUAUCUGGCCUGUUACACAUUGAUUUCAUAGAGUCUGUGAAAUUUAGAAAAGGUAGCCAUCUUUCUUUCUUUUUAAAACCCUACAAUGUUGGGUUUAAAGUUCCUAAAAUGUUUAUAAUAUUUUCAUUUAACAGCUGCCACAUUCCAAUACUUCCAUUCGGUAAUCCCCCUUUUUAGGAGUCUCACUUAUGGGAGUUAAUUUGAGCUUUGCUAUCAAAUUGAGCAGGAACAGGAUUUGAGUUGUGAGCUUAUCAGACUAUACAAGUUAAGUAGGGUCAGGCCUCAACAAGUCUUAGUGGCUGCCCUUUGCAGAAAUGGAGCGAGAGGAUUCAGACUCUAUGUGCCUUUGACCUCUGUGAAAAUAAAGAUUUAAGUCGUAUGGUAAUGUUAGUCAGCUUCCUGCUGUUUGAGGCAUGAACGAAACCUGUAAUCAACUGGAGCACAUAAGGAACAUAAUUUUGGGGAUAUAUCUCUGUACUUUAUUUAAAAGGCUUGUAUUCCACUUUUCAGAACAGUCAGCCCACAAAGUGGCUUCCGAUCCCUGAAAUACACUAGUAACAAUCAUUAAAAUACAAAAGUAAAACUGUUGAAUCUGAUUACAGUCAGACAAUUAAACACAGACUAAAAUAGGCUGAAACCAGCAUUGGAUAUGCAUGGCCCAACCAUUCUACCAAUCUCACAUUUUAAUCCUCAAAGGCCAUUCUAAAACAGCACACUUUUAGAGCUCAUUUAAAAGAGCUGAGUGACAUGGCUUGCCUGAUGUCCCCCUGGAACUGAGUUCUAUAAAGGGGAGGGGAGACCACAGAAAUGGCCCUGCUCCUUGAAAGUGACAGGUAAAUAACUGUUGGCAUCAUUGUCUGCUUGACCAUCUCUUGCAGGGCAACCACAUAAUUGGGAAUGGUAGAAGAGGCAGGGCUGGUGCUGCUGACAGAUGAACACAUGUCAUAGAUUUAAAGGCAACUAUCUUGAACUAACUUCCAAGGAAAUGUUCAUGGGGGUUGGGCUGAACAGAACUCAGACUGAUUUAUAAAUAACGCAAAUAGCAGCUGUAAAUUCAAUGGCAAGAGUAAAAAAUAUAUGAUGAAGUCCAUUGUAAUGUGCUAUACAAAUAGAUCACAUCCAUUAUGUGUUGUUUUAAGAACUUCACAAUCCAGUCAAACAGCUAAAGUGGAAACCCAGAAGUUGGGUUAAAAGCAGAAUCUGUUUAUGCUGGAUGCAUUAUAACAGUAUCACAAAUGUGUAGGAGGAAGUAGCAUUUAUAAUAGGCAAGUCUGGUAAUCAUCACAACUCAUGUUGUAGUUAUAACUCGGGAAGAAAGCCACAGAUACCGAAGGCUGUGCGAUAAUUUCAUAUUGCAACUAAAUUAAUUUAUCUCAACAAGAGGAGAGGGUGGACACCAUUUCUGCUCAAAUCAGGAGGCAGUGGCUUUGUAUGUGACAAAAAAAAUUAUAACUGAACUUUACCUCUAUGUAGAGGGAGUUACUUAUAUAAGAGGCCAUUGUAACUUCUGCUUAGCUAAUCUAUCUCAAAAGACCAGAUUUCCUAUUACUUGUUACUUUCCUCAAUGUUAUAAGAUCUGCAUCUAGAUUGGAAUUGCUUUUUAGGUGUUCUAAUUGUUUAAUCACUUGUACACUUGCUACCCUCUUUUGCAGGAUGGGGGGUGGGGAAUAUAAGUUUAAUAAACAAAUAGUAGGAUAAGGAUGUCUUUCUCAUGCACUUGAUCUAGAGCGUGAAGGAGCCAAAACUUUACUAAGGCUAUAUAUACAUAAAAUGCAGUGAGGAUCAUCCAUCACAAAUCUUAAAAACAACCGUAACUAAAGACAACGAUAGAAACAAACAACUAAAAUUAGGGGUAAACAGUACCACUUGUAUAGCAUCAGAAAUACAACAAACUAGGCAUCAGCAGGGCCAGCCCAAGACUGAUACAAAGAAUGAGUUCACUGUUGGUAUAGAUCAGUGGUGGCCAAACUUGGUCCUCCAGCUGGUUUUGGACUACAACUCCCAUCAUCCCAAGCUAACAGGACAAGUGGCCAGGGAUGAUAGGAAUUGUAGUCCCAAAACAGGUGGAGGGCCAAGUUUGGCCAUAGCUGGUAUAGAUGAUAUCAUAACCGAUUUGAUGAUGCCACUCUUUAAAAUUCUGACUACAUCUCCGUAUAUGUGCGCAUGGACACACACUGAGAGAAAGUGGAAGCGAGUGAGAGAACAAGCAAGAAAGCAUAACACAACCUUAAAGGGAAAAUCGUGUGGGAGGACUAUCAACACUUUCCAGAACUUCUGUGUCACAAAAGAGCAUGUGAUUCCACCCGGAUAAGGCAUUAAUGUGUCACUGAGCAGUCAAGUCUGAUGGCUCGUUCCUCAAAACAUUUGGAAGGAGGGAUGGAAGUCGCAUACAUUUUUGCAUGCCCACACGCAUACCCAACUUUUUCUGCUUGAGUGCUGCUAAAAAGGGACUAUGGUCUACAUUACAUUCCAGGCAUUGAGUUACAAAUGCAUGUGUUGCACAGCCUGCUAGGUUUUCGAAUUUCUAGAGCAAACUGGCCCCGGCAAGCAGCUUGUUGUCUGGGGGCAUGAUUUGUUGGUGUGACACUGUCAGAUAUGAGCACUCUGGACACUCAUGUGUGCUGGCUCUGGAAUGUUGAUAACAGUAACCGAACGCACAGGCUUCUCACAGAUGAAGGGAACCUACAGGACAGGGUUUGCCAGACCACCGUUGUUAUGAGAAUAGACUUGGCUUUGCCUUGUAUGGUCCUAGAAGAGAUUCUGAAUCCAGGAAUACAUUAUCCAGGAAGCACAUCUCCCCGUCUCUGUGUUUAAGCUGAAACAUCUUUACAUAUGGAUAACUUGUGGGUUUCCCAAAGGCAUCUGGCUGGCUACUGUGAGAACAGGAUGUUGGACCAUAUGGGCCAUUGGCUGGAUCCAGCAAAGCUAUUCUUAUGCUCUUAUGUUCUUAACUUGCAAGGAUUGUGGGCUUCGCUAAAGCAUGAUCACCACUGGUAAUGAUCACCAACUGUUUGCAGCCUACCCAUGGUCUCUUGGAAAGAUGUUAAAAAUAAUUAGGAGGAUAAAUUAGGUCAACAGGGUGUAAUUACAAAGCUGGGAUACAUUCCAAAGUGCAGUAAUUCAUGCAGCUAUGACUGCCAGGGGCAGGGGAUAUGAAAACAAAGGAUUCGGUGGUGGUGUAGUGUCUGUUGCUAGAGAACUAUUGGCUCUGGGAUGAUAUGAAAAAAUUAAUGCCCAGUGUUUUUUGCUGCUGCAUUGCUAUUGGUAGUCUGAAAUGAGAAAUGAGUGGAAACCCAAGAUGAUUCACAUGAGAUGUGAUGGGCAUGCACAUACAUACAUUCUCCCUUCCUCUCUGUUUUUGUUCACACAUGCAAACACAUAAGCACAGGAACACACACGAACAUAACAACCAUCUGCCGUCCGCUAAUAAAUUUGUGACUUGUCCAGGGUAAUUAGGAUCAGACCUGGUUUUGCUUCUGUUUUAAUGAUCUUUUUUUCUCCCUUCCAGCCAUUAUGAGCAGCGAAAGUUCCAACAUCGAAACAAGGACUUCCAGCUCUCAUGCACACAGUACAGAUGCCUUCAGUGCCCUUGGCAGUGUCGAAGGAAGGACACUGUGGACGAUAACCGACAGUGCUUCUGUGUCUACAGCCAGAAAAAGAAACUCUGCUUAUAUUGAAAUGAUCAGGUCUGGAGAUACAGCUCAGCAGUCAUCUUCGGUGAUGGAGGCCAGUAGAGCUGAUACCUCACCAAGUUCCUUGGAUAUUGCUGGAUUUGAAACAGGGACUUUGAGGAUACAUUCUCCCAGGACACCCGUUUCUUCACUUUCAGAGGAUAAUCACCCAAGUGAGUUCCACCAUCAAAAGUCUUUUUGUAUUUGAAUGGACUGACAAACCCUGAGAAAAUACCUGAAACAAUAAAGCUGAAUGGGUGUGUGUAAGAAUAAGGAGAAGUUGGAUGAGGCACAGAUUAAUUUGAAAGGCUAUGGUCAUUCCUUUGUUAACGAUUAGAUGUACAAACAUACAGGUGUUUAAUGGUGUUUGUAAUCAUUAAAUUAUACAUGUUUGUAGUUAGUCUUAGUUGAAUUUCAUUGAAAAUGAAAACAAAUGGAAUCUGAGACACCCCCCUUUUCAAGCAAAGGUAUGAAUAAGAUGCCACACAAAGCUGAACCUACAUACAUUUAUGCAAAUAACGAAUUUUGUAUAUAUUCACCUAUUUUGCAAGAUUUACCCUCCAGUAGCUUUUUUGUGUAAUGCCCAAGUAUAAUAUAGUUAUUGCAAGUUCUGUACAGUUCUCGACACCGGAUGUAAUUCAAGACAUCAGAUGGAUGGAAGCCAUGGUUCCACCUCAAAUACCAAAUUGUUAGAGCCUGACAGGGUUUAAUUUUCUCAUUUCAUAUUUACAGUUACUGGGAGCAGCCACCAUAUAGAUAGAAGGUGGGAUGCAGACAGCACAACAUCCAGUUUGCAUAUCAUCAGCACAGACAGUUCAACAACAGCCAACAGAGGCACAGAAAGGACUUCACAGUUUCUUACAGACAGUGUCGCUCUGAUUGAUUCAUCAAGAAAAGACCCAGUUUCUCAGAGGGAAGUCACCACCUUUCCUGAUCGAACCCAGUUCCCAUCUCAUGCAACACAUUCCAGAGGAAGAAGUAACACAUCAAAGGUCACACAAUUUCCUGAUUCUUCAGCAAGGAUUCGGCUUGCCCAGUCUUACUUGCCUCCAAAGACUAGUAUGUUGUUGUUUUUUCUGUUCCAAAUGACUACUUCUUAAUGAAUUCCCAUAGAGAAAUAAUAGCAUUAUACUGUUUUAGAACUGCUGUAGUGUAAUGCCAUGUGUGCUGUGAGCCAGGAAGUUGCUGCAGAUUUUAUCUCAGCUGAGCAAAUAUUGGUGGCGACAGGGAAGCCACUAUUUCUCAGCCUCCUUGCAUCUCAGGUAUUGGGAUGAUACUUGGCUAUCUUGCAGAGCUUUUGAAAGGAUUCCUGAGAUAAUAAAUGUGAAAACUUUAACCUCUCUAGUAUGUUCCAAAAUGCAAAGGAUUGUUUAUGAUUACUUUGAGGGGGUUUUCUCCAGAAGUGGUAAGGCAAGUCACCAUUACGAUUUGAGGACUUAGAUCAGGCUUCCUCAACCUCGGCCCUCCAGAUGUUUUGAGACUACCUUUCCCAGUAUCCCUGACCACUGGUCCUGCUAGCUAGGGAUCAUGGGAGUUGUAGGCCAAAAACAUCUAGAGGGCCGAGGUUGAGGAAGCCUGGACUAGAUUUUUGGCAUGCCGUUCAAAAAUGACAACAGAAACUAUGUUGAUAUUUUAUGUGAAAUUAAAAAAAUUGUCGUUCUAUGUCAUGGUAGUAUGUUGAUGGUGGAUAACAAGAUUCCUCACUGAAAUUCAUAAAGCAGAGCAUGAUGAAGCUAUCCAUUCCUUGUUGUUAAUCACCAGCAUGGAUAGUAUACUUUUGGUAAAGACUGAGGUUCCCAUCUGGGGUUUCAUGACUAGUAACCACUGGAAGACAUCUUUUCCACUUAUAGGAAAAAGGUAGAUGGAAAGGGGAAGAUGGUUCCUAUGUUUUUAAUAGUUGUGCAAAAGAAGAAAUUUUACCAGAAAUUUUGGAGAGUUGAUUUAGGUUCUAGACUGGUGACUCCUGAUAAGACAAAAGUGGAAGAGAUGCAAUGUGGGGAAAAUCCUACUGCUUCUACACAGUAUCCCUUUUCUUUAGAAUCACCUUCUUUUGUUCACUCACAUUUCUUACCAUGUUUUUUCAGACUCCCACCUCCCUCUGCAUGAGAAGGCACAGUUUUAGCACCAGCAAUCAGCAAAGCACUAUUAAUGCUUUUCAGAACUUCUGUGCCUUUAAAUGGAACACUUCCUCUUUACCCAUUUUAUUGCUUCCUGUUGAUCCAAGCUGGGAUUUUAUUUGUUCACCUCUUGAAUAGCCUUUCCCAAUUUAUUUCUUUUAUUAAUUUGCUACCCAACCCUUCCUCCCAAAGGAGCCCAGGACAGCAAAACAAGAAAGCAACACAAUUCAAUUGCCCCACUGUCAGUUUCUCUUCCAGGUGGUGGUGGAGUUUACUACUGAUCAUUGACUUAGCUCUGGUUUCGUUGCUAAGAAAGGGAGAAAACCAACAAGUGAGACAGGCAGGGGUAGAGUAAAAAAGGGAUGGGCAGAAGAAGCAUUUGCUGCCUCAUAUUCUGCUGAUGAAAUCUGUGCAUUCUUUGGGUUGGGACCCGGUAGGAAGAAAAGAGUGAGUGAAUGGGGAUGCCAAGACUUGGGAGCACUGCUUCCAUUUAUUGGCAAAGAGGCCAUCUCUUUAUUUGUGUCUUAUCAAAUUCUGCCUUAUUAAAGUCUUGUUAUAAUAAUGCAUAGAGUUAUAGUGUCACUCUGAGGAGGAGCUUCCAGCUGAAAAUGGAUUGCAUCACAAUAGUAACACCAGCUCCUUUGGUCAAUCCCCUCUGCCAACAUUGCAUGCCACAGUUGUGAUGUGCUCUGCAGAGCAAGUCUGAAGGUGCCUUGGCUGUGGUGCAGGUGGACUUAGCUGGGACAUGACUUUGUGGGCCAAAUUAAGACCCCGUGAGCCUAAUUUGGCUUGUGGGUGAGAGCCUUGCAGUUAAAGAGAAAAUAUACUGCACAACAAUUGCUCAGAAAUUUGUGCCCAAGUUAGCAUCUUCCCCGUCUUUCCAAGAUCUUGUUCUUUGCUUUCUCAAGUCUCUUGCCCUUUCUGGUCCCGAAACGUGAGUCACACUAGAGGUUCCUUUCAUAACACAAUCCUAUAGCUUUGCAGGGUUUACAGUAUUCCACUGGGUUUAAAGUGGAGCAAGCUACUGCUUGUAGGAAUUUCCUAAAAUGUAGGUAUUUUUGAAUAUUUCAAAGCAGUUCUUUUAUACUAGCACUUUCAUCUCAGAUUUUAUUGUAAAGGUUUUAAACCCCAAUUUCCCCCCAAGGUUUCAUCAUUUCUAUCAGCUGGUGCAGGGACUGGAGCACAAUUAAUUUGUUUUCUGUUAAAUAUGUGUGAAUGCGGUUUUGGGAAGAAAUGCAAUAAGAUCCACCUUCAGCGCCUAAUAUCUUCCUCUUCUAUUUCAGCUGCAGAAGACAGUAGUCAGCCAAGGAGUAGCUCAAAUACAGAGAGAAGUGUUUCCAGUUCCCACACAGAUGGUGUGUCUGUUUCAGGUUUAAAUGACAGGAGUGGAGAGAGGACAUUACGUACUUUAAGAGAUGUCAGCAGUUCUCUUAAUGCAACGCAUAUAUCCUCAACCACUAGCAAUGAAAUCUCCACCUCUUCAGGCCUCAUGGGUUCCUCACAUGUGUUAACUCCAGUACAGACUGGACAAAUGGAUUCAUCACCAGAGGACAAUGAUUUCACUGAAGCAGCACUUCCACAUUUCCAAGCUCCUUCAGAAACAACAGGUACAGGAUGAAGAUCUCUUUUAUUACAGAUUUUGGAGCACUGUUUCACUUGUCUGGUGUGAAGAUGACGCCCAAACAUUAGCAAUGAAUAUAAGCAUGAAGAGAAAAAGAGCAAAUACCUUCUAGCUCAGAGACAGGAAACUCUGUGUUCCUCAAAUAGUGUUGGGCUCUGUCUCCCAGACCCAAAAGUACCAGAGCGCCCUCUACAGCAGCACCCACUGCAGUGCAAGCAUUAAAAGCACAGAAAUGAAGCAUCCCUACACACACACAAUCAUAGGUUCACUCCUUUUUCUACUACUCACAGAUAACCACCCUUUUGACUGACUCAACACAGGAUCACCCUUUCUCAUCAUACUCUAAGACAUCUUUCUGAACGCCAUUGCUUUUGUAAGACAAAAGGGGAUAUGGACUUGUUUUCCAUUAGAACUGUCUGAAUAUAAUUAUGGGAAGAAAUGCAAUGUGAUGCCCUUUUAGCGCAUGCAGAUGGCACAUCUAAUGUCUUGCUCUUGUGUUUCAGCUGCAGAAAACAGUGGUCAGCCAAGGAGCAGCUCAAAUACAGAGAGAAGUAUUUCCAGUUCUCACACAGACGGUGCGUCUGUUUCAGGUCUAACUGAUAGGGGCGGAGAGAGGACAUCGCGGACACUGAGAGACGUCAGCAGUUCUCUUAAUGCAACACAACUAUCCACAAUGGCUAGCAAUGAACUCUCCACCUCUUCAGGCCUCACAAAUUUCUCUCACAGGUUAACUCCAGUACAGACUGGACAAAUGGAUUUGUCACCAGGGGACAAUGAUUUCACCGAAGUAACGCUUGCACAUUCCCAGGCUUCUUUGGGAAUGACAGGUAAAGCAUGAAUAUCUCUUUUAUUCUAAAUCUCAGUGUACUGUUUCACUUGCCUAGUGUAACAAUGAAACAAAAGCAUUAGGAUGAAUAGAUUUAAAAAACGAGAGCAAGAGGAGAUAGGCUAAGAUUAGAGAGACAAACCACUAAAGGAGGUUUUGAAAUAAACUUGUCUACAAAUGUGCAGACAACUGAAGGAAGUUAACAGUAGCUCUUUAAUCUCAAUUUGCUUUAGAAAACAGGACAGGUUUUAUGAUGCACUCAAAUCUGCAUCAGAUUCAGUCAUUUAUUAUCCUGAUUUUUUACACUAAGGAAACUUUAAAAAAUGGAGGACUAUGCAAACAUGAGGUUUUAAUUGUUGGUCAUUAUUCUUUAAGACUAGGAUGUCUAAAUAGUAUAGUGCAGUGGUACCUCAGUUUAAGGACAGUCCGGUUUAAGAACAAUUUGGUUUACAAACUCCGCAAAACUGGAAAUAGUGUUUUGGUUUGCGAACUUUACCUUGGUCUAAGAACGGAAUCCGAACAGUGGAAGGGCACCCGAGGCGGGAGGCCUCAUUAGGGAAAGCAUGCCUCAGUUUAAGAACGGUUUCAGUUUAAGAACGGACUUUGGAAACGGAUUAAGUUCGUAAACCGAGGUACCACUGUACUGGUAUUUUAAAUUAGGAUUUAUUUGCACUUUUGGAGGGGACAUGAAUCAUUUGGCAAUGUCCAACAUCACAUGAAUGGACCUCCACACAUGCAAUGAGAACAACUGCUUUUCUCCCCUGCAACCUCCUGCGUUGCUCCCCCAGGCUACUCCAGACUGACUCCCAACUGUCUUGAACAGAUUUUAGGGGCAUAGUGGGGCAGGGCAGGGCAGGGCAGGGGGAUCUGUUGUAUCAACAGUGACUUGUUGGUAGAUCACUGGAUGUCACCCAAUAUGCCUUUCAGAACCUUAACAUAUUUUGACUGAUUGAUUACUGGUAAUAAUAACAACGUAUUGUCAAAUAUCUAUUUUCUUCCUCCUGGAAUACAUAUGUGAGUUUAAUCAAGUUAAAACUAUCUGGUGGAUGGAGCUAAUAUACUGGAGUGUAUGUAGUUAUAUAUAUUUGUGAAAAUGUGUGGCCAAAGGGAACACUUGUUUCUUAUUAAAGGUGGAUAUUAGAGAGAACUGUUUCAAGUGGUACCUUAGUUAAAUAGUUAAAUAAAAAUUAUGGUUCACUACUGGAAAUAUAAAUCUGGAAAUAUAAAAGUAUAAUAAAUUAGAGCAGGGGGAUUCAACAUGUACCCCACAUAUGCAUUAUAACCUAUAACAAGUAUAAAGAUAAAGAUACUUUUUUUAAUAGUCUUGGCGAUUAUAGCAGCUGAAAAACCAGGUACUGAAGUCAAGCAAUUUCUCCAACUAUUGAGGAAUUUAUUAAUGAAGUAUGGAGGUAUUUAACAAGGUAUAUAUAUACUUGAAAGAAAAAAGACCAAAAAAGGUGCUUUUUUAUUAAUUUAUACUAUAAAAUGUAUUUAAUCCAAAUUAAUGUUUCCAAUGUUACGAUGACAGCUGGAAAUAAAAACAUACCAUGUACAAAAACAUUAAACCUUUUUUUGUCAUAAAACAAUGGGUUGUUUCCAACUAAAUAUUUGUGUGAGUGGAAUGACUUCUGCUCUCGCAGUGGAGCUUCCCAUCUCCCCUCCAAUGGCCUCUGAACCCUCCUAAUCAGAGCAACCCAUCAGAAUAGAUUUGGGUUUCGUGUGGGGAUACAGUGUGGGAGGAGAGGAGGGAAAGUUCUCUUGUGUGGGUGGAAGCCAUUCCUCUUGCACAUUGAUUUUUUUUAAAAUUCAACCAUUAAUCUAGGCAUUCAUUAUUUUUAUUGGGCUGCAGCGCGCACCCCCCCCCUUCGUGUUUUCCAUUUGAUCUGCAUGAUUAUAAGAAAACGACAUAAUAAAACUUGAGAUACACUUUCUAUAUCUGGAGAUGGAACAUCUCUUUUUUUUUUACUGUUGUGUGUUUCAGCUACUGAAGAUCUUGAUCACCAGUCAGCAAGCAGCUCAGAUACAGAGAGGAGCAUUUCUAGUUCUCAUACUGACAGUGUACCUGUUUCAGUUCUACCUGACAGAGGUGGAGAGAGGACAGUACAAACUCUAAGCAACAACAGCAUUUCUCAGAACACAACACAAAAGUCCAUCGCCGGUAAUACUGAAAUCUCCAGCUCUUCGGCCCUCCCUAAUUCUUCUUACAUGUUGACUCCAAGGCAGACCGGACGGACGAAUUUGUCAACAGAGGACACUGAUUUUAUUGAAGCAGCAGUUACACAUUCCCAGUCCCCUUCAGAAGCAACAGGUAAAGAAUUAAGAUCUUCUGUUUUGUUACAGAUUUGAGAGCACUGGUUUGCCUUGGCUGGUGUAAAACCAAAUUUCCUGUGGAAAAAGAGGGGAUUGCUCCCGAUCCUAGACAAUGAGAGAAAGUUCACAUAAACUUUGCGUUAUAGCCCUGGGGAUUCUUGUUUGAGCUUAGAGGACACCUUUGAACAAUUUAGCCCUUUUAUGACAUCCCUUUUCCAGCCCCACCCAUCACUCCCUAAGGGCUGAUCUGAAGAUUACACAUUCCCUGGAAAUCAGCAUCCGUGUGGUAAGUGCCCUCUCCCUCUCAGUGGUAUUGUUUAUAUAAGUCACCAUAUGAGCCAGGGCAAUAAUGUUGGGACUUUCCACACACUCCAUGGUGGCUGCUAUCGAUCAUGAGUGGGCUGGAGUAAAAGGAAACGUUUCCCGUUGUGGCCCCAACUCCUGUGGCAAGCUAUACUGCGGCUUGACUUGGGAAUGGAAAGCUUUCUAAAGGGAUGUUGAGCCCCAUAAGGAGUAUAGCCUUUUCAUCACCUGCUCUGAAAAUCCUUUCUUUUCGCCAUACUCCAGGGCCACUUCAUAAGUUACAGCGUUAACAUUGAGUUCACUGAUGAACACUUCCAUGUGGUGACACUUCCAUGCAAGGGACAUAAUAUCUGGUCACAUCCACACCAUGCAUUUAAAGCACAUGGCUUUUCCCCAAGGAAUCCUGGGAACUGUAAUUUACAAUGCACACUUAACAAACUACAGUUCCCAAGGAGUCUUUGAGGGGAGCCAUGUGAUUUAAACAUAUGAUGUGAAUGUGACCUAUAAGUGGCUUGUCAUCUGAGUGCCAGUGUUGUGCAUUCAUUCAUAGUAACUGCUGGAGUAGAUGAUCUCAAAACAGUGUCAGCAAUCCACAUGGUGAGUGGCUUCCAAUUGUCAUUUUAUUUAAGAAGCAGCACACAAAGUAAAUGGUUACAACAGUUAAAAUAUUCUAAAACAACUCAAUUAGGAAGUUCGUGCUAGUGAUUUCUUGAGUCUUGUAGGCCUCGUUGGGCAGAUGGCAUUAGCAGAUUCUUGCUUUUGGAACUCUUGGGAAAGGAAGCUGCUGUAGGAACCGUGCUGUAAAAAGAUAAUAACUUCUCUUACCAGGUCUCUUGUUAGGCUCACAGUGGCCCCAGGGGCAUAGCAUUCCUACCCUGGAAGUGUCUUCCUGAGUCAAAGGUCUGGGUAACUCAAGACAGUAUUGAAAAAGGAAAUUUUUACCUACUAUGUACUCUUCCAUCACUCUUGUGAGACGCAAAUACGGGCUUUUAGGAUCUCUUAAGCGACACAAGCAAGGCUGUAGGUGACACAUACAUCUCUGCUUUUGAUUUGGAACAUCUCACUAGUUGUGGCCUCUGCUCUGGUUAAAUUCAAAUGAAAAAAUCCACAUUUUAGCUUUAGUAAUUUAGCUUAUUAGAGUUUCUACUGAUUAAUUCCAUUGACCUAAAUGUAAUAUGUUGCCCAACUAAGACCAUGCCAGAGAUAAUGAGACGUAGGAUAGUGACUACCUCUUCUAAUUGGAUUGGCUAGAUGAAGCCAUAAUGAGGUACUAGAUUGGAAAUUUUAAAUUAGGUUAGGUAAGAUGAAAAGCAGGUGGCCACUAUGGCACAUUUUUUAAAGAAACUAUAGGGGAUACAUGAUUUUGUCUACUCAUGGGAAAGCUCCCAGCUCAUUGUGUUUUUCUUUUCUCUCUACAGAAUGUUUGUUGUUGUUUUUUAAAAAAUGAACACCAUAGAAUAAAUCUAAAUAAGCAAAUUCUCCUGAAAUGUAAAACAUUUCCAUAUCAUUUAAAAAAAAAUACAGAAAGUUGUAUUUGGAUGAGAUGACAGUGACAUUAGAAUGAUAAACUUGAAAACUGAAAAUCACGAUUUUUAUAAUAGGCUGCUAUCCUAAACACACUUACAAGAUAAUAAGCCCCAUUGGACACAUUGUGACUUACUUCUGAGUAAAUGUGCAUACAGUUGCACAAUUAAUGUAUGUGCAUAACUUUAGUCUGAACUUGUAGACAAAGUUCUAAUUCCAGUUUGUUCUCUUCUAGAUGUUAGGAGUAGCCAGCACACAUUCAACAACUUUGGUACAGAGGAAAGGGUCUCUCAGACUGAGAGUAUGUUCUCUACUGCCACAUUCAUCAAAAGUGGAGAUGCGACAUUAGGAUCUCUAGCUAUCAAGAGCAAAUCCACAGAUGCAACAGAGCUAUCAACCUUUGAUAUGGAAAAUGUCAGUUCUUUAGAUUUAACCCAGAACUUGUCAACCUCAGCCCAAAGUGGAAAAGAAAGUUUCCCAUCUACCCAGAUGGAUUUCAGUGAGUCCUCAAAAGAGCAUUUAUUUACAUAUUCCUCCAAAACUUCUGCCUAUUCAUCUUCUGCAAUAGAUCUUUCAAGUGAGUUUUCCAUUUUUGUUAUUGCUUUGGUUAAAAAUCUGAUUGAGACGUAGCCAUUCAUUUGUUUCCUGUCUGUCUAUGUAGUUUUCUCCAUAAUCUUCCCCUUAUUUCUUCCUUUUUAAAGUAACAAUCAGCUUUUAACUAUUGUAUUAUACACAUGAAUAUGAGCGACUAUAACUUUGCUCUUUGUAACACAUCCACACUUUAUUUAACUGUCCUGUGCACACAUACCUUUAGAGCACAGUCAAAACACAUUCUUUCUCUCAAAGAAUUCUGGGCACUGUAGUUUACACCUCACAGAGUUACCAUUCCCAGCAAUCCUUAACAAACUACCAUGCCCAGAAUUCUUUCAGAGAGGAACUGUGAUUCAAAUAUGCUUUAGAGGUAUAAUGUGUACACAACCAAAGUGUUUUGUAUACAUUUGUGGUUCCUGUGGCGAAACAUAUGAAAAUGUGCAUAACGCAUGUAUGUCUUUACACACACAAGCACAUGCAACUGGAGCCCCUGCUAUACAUGGAACAAAUAUGCUUAUCAUGUAAAGCAAGGGUUACCAGUAGGGUUACCAGUAGGUUUACCAGUAGGGUUACCACUCUGCAAAUUGGGCUGCUGAAAUAGAGAGAACUUAAGGGAAAACCAGGACUGGAUUUCUAUAUGAAAGGAAUGCAGUUCUGCACAACAAAUUCCUGGGCAUGUGUUCAGAAGAAUUCUUACUUUGCAUCCUUACCCUUGCCUCAGCCCCAGCCCACUGCACUGCUAUUUCGCAUCUGGUGGACCUCAAGUUCCGGGGGGGGGGGGGGGAACAUAGUACAAAAUAGUACAUCUGAAGUCUGCUCAUACCUGAUUAAAAAAUGUGAGGUUGCCCUUAGGUGCAGCAAUUUCUGUUGCUAAAAAGAUAUGCCAUUUUUAAACUGGGUAACAGCUUAACUCUUUGGCAAUAGAAGAAGAGUUGGGAUUUGAUAUCCCUCUUUAUCACUACCUGAAGGAGUCUGAAAACGGCUAACAUUCUCCUUUCCCUUCCUCCCCCACAACAAACACUCUGUGAGAUGAGUGGGGCUGAGAGACUUCAAAGAAGUGUGACUAGCCCAAGGUCACCCAGCAGCUGCAUGUGGAGGAGCGGAGACGCGAACCCGGUUCCCCAGAUUACGAAUCUACCGCUCUUAACCACUACACCACACUGGCUCUCAGGACUUAGACCCUUAGUGUUGUGCCAUCUACCCUUUAGAAUUUCUUCCUGUUAAAUAUUAGAAAGGCACUGUCUCUGUCAACUUUUCAGCACCUACUGAAGAUCUUCCUCUUCCAAAAAGCCUUUUAAGGAUAUAUCUUUCCUGGUCUAUAUCUGCAUUGCAAUUUUUUUAAGAUAUUUUAAUUGUUCUAUCACUUGCAUAUUUGCCAGCCUAGGCUCCUUUGGGAGGAAGGCUGAGGGAAUAAUAAUAAUAAUAAUAGCAUCAACAAUAACUAUUGUGGCUUUCAUGCAAUUGUUUCCUUGGCACAUGUCCAUUCUUUGUAUUCCAUCUUUGAAAACUCUAUUAUUAUGAUCUAUGAAAUUACACACAAUGUAAAAUUCAGCUCACCAGCAUUUCUGAUUGUAUAGCAACACUGUUAAGCAUAUCAAAUAGCCGCUGACUUCAAAUGCCCACUGUCCAGUUUCUGCACCAUUUUUUCAUUAAAAACAUUCUGUGCUAGUCUGCAUUCCACUUCAACCUUAUGAAAAUACUCCAACUCCAUGGAACCAUAAAAAUUAGUGUGAUGUAGUCAUCUCAUUUUCCAUUUCUAGACCCAACAUGUACUGGGGGCCACCCAGCCAAAUACAUUCUCAAGUCUCAUUAAAAUCAAAAUAAUUUAUGCCUAUAUCAAAAGGAUAUAAGAAGUGAGCACUUAAGCCUAACUAACAACAUCUUUCUUUGAAAUGUAAUCAUGCUGUGUGGCAUUAGUUGAAAACCUUUGAGGAUCAGCUGUAUUAUUAUGACUUUUAAGUAUUUAUACUUAAAAGAAUCGAAAGAACUUUUGACAGGAAGUACGAACACUUAAAGGAAUUCAAAGAAGGGAUGUAUAUGCAAUUUGUAUUUUCCUCUUCCCCAACUACCGUAUUUUUCUGUGUAUAAGAUUAAAGUUUUUGCUAUUAAAAAAUUAGUCAAACAUUGGGGGUUGUCUUAUACAUGGAUGGUGAAUGCACAGGGGUUCAGGCUCUGACUCUGGCGUGGGCAGCCAGCUUCCCUCAAAAAAUCUCAGAGUUGUUCUGUUUGAUGUUUAAAAUAUUGAUUUCUUAAUUUUGGGUUCAAAAAAUAGGGGUUGUCUUAUACACAGAAAAAUACAGUGUAUUCUGUUUCGAUUUAGGUACUGGAAGCAGUCUUCAGCCAGUUAAAGUGUCUGAUGUGGAAAGAAGGCUUUCUGGGGCUUCUACAGACAGCAUCUACCUGUCAACUACAUUCAUGCAUGGUAGAGAGAGGACCUCACGGUCUUUACCAGAUAACAGCACAUCUCCUGAUGCAACAGACAGUACCACUUACAAUACUGAAACUUCCGAGUCUUCAGAUCUGACCCUGAGCUUGAAUUCCGGAGGAGAAAUGGAUAAUGUCUCACAAAGUGAAGUGCAAUCCGCUGGAUCUUCUACUGAGCACCUGCUUCACCAUUCCUCUGAAGUUCCAAUGUCCCCAUCUUCACCAAAGGAUCCGUCAAGUGAGUUUUCUUUAGGAAAAAGAGUGAAGGAAGAAUUGACUGUACUCACCAUAGUUUGCAUUAUGUAUGUCUAUACGCAGGGACGCGGGUGGCACUGUGGGUUAAACCACAGAGCCUAGGACCUGCUGAUCAGAAGGUUGGCGGUUCGAAUCCCCGCGACGGGGUGAGCUCCCGUUGCUCGGUCCCUGCUCCUGCCAACCUAGCAGUUCGAAAGCAAGUCAAAGUGCAAGUAGAUAAAUAGGUACUGCUCCGGCGGGAAGGUAAACGGCGUUUCCGUGUGCUACUCUGGUUCGCCAGAAGUGGCUUAGUCAUGCUGGCCACAUGACCCGGAAGCUGUCUGCGGACAAACGCUGGCUCCCUUGGCCUAUAGAGCGAGAUGAGCGCCGCAACCCCAGAGUCGGUCACGACUGGACCUAAUGGUCAGGGGUCCUUUUACCUUUACUAUGUCUAUACGUGCUGUAAACACCUAGAACUAUAAAGAGCUUUAUUUUCAUGUAUAUAUUAUGUAUACAUAGGUAGAUGUGUGUGUGUGUGUAUCUUUAUACAUACUGUCAGGGGUUCAGGGACAGAGGCACAGGGUAGGCAGGAGAUGGAGAGCGAUGGGGAUGAAUCCCAGGACAGCGAGGAAGAGGAUGACAAUGACUCAAGAGAUUCCAUGAGUCUUUCCAGCGAAUCAGAGGAUUCCCAGAAGGGGCGCCGGUGGUCAAGGCCAGGGAGCCCCAGGGGGGACGUGUCAGGAGCAGGGGGCCAGCGGGGGAUCCCAAAGUGGCAGCUGGGGGUCAGGACCAGCCUCCCCGCCAGAGUGCAGCGAAGGGGGUGGAGGUUUCAGUGUAUCAGGGGAAGCGGCUCCGGCAGCAGAGAAGGGAGGAAGGUCGGAGCAAGCCACCCUCCCGGAAGGGGAGGGGAGUAGUGAAGGGAGUAGUGUAGCUGUUAAAAGGAAGGUUAGAGGUUGGGCGCGCGCGCCAAGUUCAAAUGUAGAGGCGCGCGGAAAUACAGGGAGCCCGGAGGAGGGGCCAGGUCCCAAAGCCCGCAGGAGGGGGCAAGAGCAGUCUGGGGAUUCCGCGUCAGAGGAAUCCAGGAGGAGCGAAACCCCAGCGGGCAGAAGGACCCUGCGGAAAGGAAAGAGAGAAAGAGGUGGAGCAGCGCAAGCCUCUUAAACUGGUGCAGGGGAGGGACUGAUUCAGAGGGGACUUCAGCGGUCUAAGCGUAGCAGACGUAGGGCUGCGCGCCUCGGAUGUGAAGCAAACAAUGAACUGCAAUAAACACUUUUGUAUAUAAGAAGAGAUAGGCGUUGGUCUUUUGUGAGCUGAGACUUGAGGCAGCCCUGACACAUACACACUUACAAAUUAUCAAGUCUCUCAUGACAUUUGAGUUUGGGGUUUUUUGCAGCAAAAGGGGAUCUGGAGUAUAGUAUGAACCAAUUAAAUGUCACUGUUUACAGUAUUCCACUGGCAGAUCUGUAGGCAUCACCUUAAACCACAUGCCUUCAAAAUGGGGCAGGAUGUAAUUCACUUUAUUGAAGUCUAGUAACUACACAUUAUGAAUAAUGUGACAUUAUAAAUAAUACAGGUUCUGAUAGCAAAGUUAUAUGCUGUAAGUGCAAUUUAAAAAUUUCAUUUUCAAAUUCCUCUUUCAGUUCUUGGAAGUAGUCAUCAUUCAAUGAGUGAAGCAAGCAUUUCACACUCUUACACUGAAAGCACUUACCAUUCAGCAACUUUCAACAAAGGAGACGCACAAACUCUACAAUCCAUAGUUAACAAUACGUUUGCUGAAGCUACUGAAAGAACAUUUUCAUAUAUAGACGAGUCCAACAGCUCAGAACUAAAUCCUUCCUCGUCAGAAGCAUACUCUAGAAGGACUGACUUCUCAGUAAAAGGUUUUGAUACUUCUGGGCCUUCAACGGAGUCUUUCCAAAACUUCAGCUCAUCCAGGAUACCAACUUAUUCUUCCUUCCAAAGUGAACCUUCAGGUUGGUUUUUAUUUUGUACCCUGCUUUACCUGCCAGCACUUAUCAAUACACAAUUAUCACCCUAAUUGCAUAUUCUUCAAGUGCAUGUAAGCUUUACAUGACAAGGGAACAAGUUUCAUUGAACUAUUCUUUCUUGUUGGUGAAAAUGAAUGAAGAUGAAUCUGUAAAAGGUAUUGCUUUUGUGUAUGUCUUUUUAUUCUUGGGACCAACAAUUACUGGAUGUCCACAGUGAUCCACAAGUAACACUAAGCCAAGCUUAGUGCAAACAAGCAAGUGUGCAGGUUCCUGGUCCUACUGCUGCUGAGAACAAAGCCAUGGUUUGAUUUCUCGAUAUGUCCAAACCUGGGCUUGUGGUUAUAUCUCACUCUGCUCAAGUCAUGAGCUGAAACCAAGGUUUGUUCUGAAAGUGGGCCUGUCAGGGUGACCUCAGAGAACAGACAGAUUUGUGAGUUCAUCAGGUCCCCCAGCUGGGAGCAUUCUGGACUAGAAGAGCUGAAAGAAUUCUCUGGAAUUUAUUUCCCAGAAAAGCCUGCCAAUCUUAGAGCCAUAGCUCAAGCAUUGUAAAACAUUUCUCCAAAUCUUUAGGAGGUUAGGAUGAAGUAAUUGUUGAUACUAGUUAGGAGAUUUAAGGAAAAAAAGUUUGGAUUUAAUACUGUGAAUUGUACUUAAGGAAUUUGUUUUGAGUUAUUUAUUAUUGUCAUAAGCUAUCCUUGGGACUUUUUAAAAAGUGUGUAAGAGAAAAACGAAAUGAAGCAAUAAAUGUAAAAGGUUAGGGUUAGUUUUGGACUGAAAUCCUGUGGACACUUCCUUGAGUGUAACCCCCAGUGGGGUUUACCUCUGAAUAAGCAUGCAUAGCAUUGCAGUCUUAACACCUAAUCCUACGCAUGUCCAGUCAUAAGUAAAUCCCUUUUGGUUUAUUGAUAUUUACUCACCAUCUCUUAUCGGCUGGCAACAUAAAAUGACACAUUUACAGCUCAUUUUAUGCAGAGGCUCAGUCCAAUAUUGUGAGUUACUUCAAUAGUCACUUGUUCUCAGUAAGAACAAGAAGAUAUCGGCAAGAAGAGGAUAUAGCCUAUUGCUGUCUUAGUUAAUUGUUGUUAAUAUUCCUUCCUACCAUGAUUAUUGUCUAGGAUUUUUUCUCUCUGUGUACAGUUGUAAUGUAAGCCAUCAAACCACCUAUGGCCAUGAGUUCAUAUAAAAUGAUAACGGAAGUUACCAAUAAUUGCCACCUUGAGGCUUUUUUUAAAAAAUGAAACUUUUAUGGAAUUUUUUUGUUUUAAUUUUAUUACGUAUGGAAUCUAGAACUAUUACUGUUAUUGGGGGCCCCAAUCUGUAUCAGAGGAAAUUUCAUGCUAAGCAUUAAUAAUAAUUUUUGCUUGUAUUUUAGACACUGGAACAGACUACCAGCCAAUGAGUAGCACUGACACUGGAAAAAUAAUCUCUGUUUCUCAUACUGACAGCACGUACAUUUCAACCACUUUCACAAGGGGUGGAGAAAGGACGUUACUGUCUAUUCCAAAAAGCAGCACAUCAGCUGACUCAUCAGAAAGUUCCACUUUUUAUGCAGAAAUUUCCAGCCCUUCAGAGUCAGCACGGUCCUCAUUUUCUGUGACCCAGAUCAGAGGAAGCAACAUGUCCUCCGGCAACAUGGGUUUCUCCACACCGUCAACAGAACCGUUGUCUGUACAUGCCCUGAAAACACCGGCCUACUCUUCAACAGUCAGUGAGCUGCAUGCAACUCAGUUAUAUUCGAAAUCCGAACUGACACCUGCUGGCAGCUUAUCAUUCACACCUUCCUCUUCAGUGUCACUGAAACAGGAUUCACUUCCACCCACUCAGCUGCCAACUCUGUUUUCGACCUCAGAAUCCCCUCUUCCAUUGUCUUCCUCUGCUUUCCCACCCCUGCUUUCACCUUCCCCUCAAACACUUUUGCCAGCUUUUUCACGCAGGGAGUCGCCAACAGCACUGCCCACGCUGCCCCCAUCCUCAUCUUUAUUGCCUCCUCUUUCCUCAACACUGUCGUUGCUGCAGCCUAGUGAGUCUUUGGAAAGCAGUGUUUCUAUGGCUGCAUCUGAAGGGACAACUGGAACAGACCCACCCACAGCUGGAAGUUCCAACAGGCCGUUCAGCAACCAGACUGGGACAUACCCACUGAAGGACAGCACUGAUCUGGGGACAACAGGAUCUUCUCUUAUUCUGACCCAAACUACUGAACAGCUCACAGACCACUUGUCACCUAUGACAGUACCCCUAGAUGAAACCAAGGGCUCAGAGGGGCAAAACGUUUCUCUCCCAGGGACCAGGGUUGGAAAAAUGCCUCCUGUUCCGACUAUGUCUCCCACGUACAGGGCCGAAAGUACCACAGUUUCAGAGACAGCCAAAGCAACUACUGCUUCGUUGCCAUAUACAACCACACUAGAGGAUGCCUUCAGUUUGGUGGGAGUAACCACGGGAAAGAACCUUGUAAAUAUAGCACACACAACGUUAGGAUUACCUACGUUGGCAUCAAGCGUGGAUUAUGUGGUCACUACAAAGCCUCAGAAAGUACGUCCUCCCCUUCCCACCAAGACGCCAUCUUAUGCCACUGGAACUCCCACAGAAGGGAUGGAAACGAGCACUACCACUGCUUCUAAAACCACUGAUUCCAGAGCCACUACUGCCCACCCUCCCAAAAUGUUUCCUUCCAGCAAAACCACUGCAGGGACCGUUUCUCCUUCACCGGUUCCCACCAAAGCCACUACAUUUGCACGGGUAGGAAGUCCAAGGACAUUUCCAGCUUCCCGUGGAAAAGGUAAGCCUUCUCUGAGAAAUGAUGGAAAUGGGUAUAACAGGAAAAAUGGAUUUAAUGGUGCUGUAUCGUUGCACUUUUGGAUGGGAAUUCAUUUGGUAGAUUCUCUUUUUUUAAAAAAAAUGGUUAUGCGUUUCUACAAAAAACAGAAACCAUCUACUCCGGAGCUCAGAAUCAAAAAUUAUUCGGAGAUUGGGGGAGGGGGGGGAAUAAGUUUUUUAAAAACACACACACAUAAAGCAUCUAUAGGGGAUGAAACUGAAAGGGGACACAGUAACACCUGUCUCAAAACAACCCAGCAGUGUCCAGACAAUGUUGAAUGUCUGUUGAGGUGGGGGAAGGAUCAUCUAGAAUAAUAAAAUGGAAUCUGCAGAAAAAAGGGCAGGGGUAUCCCAUCUCUCUAGAACCCUGGAGCUCUCUACAAUGCAACCUCUUGUUGCAGCUAUGUACUAUAGUUAUUUUGUAAUGCCUUUACUCCUUUAGUUAAUAGAGUGUGCCAGUGUUUGCUGGCCAUAUUCUCCUGCAUUUAAACAAGGCAAUGACCUAUGGUUGAAGCCCUUUCUGCUGUGCCUGCCUCUUGCACAAAAUUAUGUUUGCGAUGUAGGCUGAAUAGCGCUUUGUCUCCAAGGUGUAAGGCUACAUUGUGAAGCGCACCACUUCUUUAUGGCUUGAAGGUGCCCAUUGCUGGUAAUGGUCCAGAGGUACCCCACCUUCAGAAUGCCAGAAAUGAGACUCAGAUCAGCAGGAUGAGUGGAAGCUGGUUUUCCGUGUGUUUUGGGAAACCAGCAGUAGCCAUUCAUUGGAUGGUUUUGGAGAGUGAUCACCCCAGCAGCGUAUAGUUUAUUCGGCUUGACUUGUUGGUUCUAGGUAUCAGAAGAGGAAGCUUUUGUGUGCAUGUGGGUGAAAGGUGCAGUGCACUACCUUGCUUGUUGAAUGUGGGGGUUCAGAGGUGAAUUUGGUCACAUCUGUUGAUCGUGACUUAAUUCUUCAAAUGCUUUAUUUCACAGCUAAUGCGUGCACCGCAGAGACUUGCCUUAAUAAUGGGAAAUGCAUUGUGGAUAACUUGAUGGACAAAUUCCAGUGCCAGUGUUCACCUGGUUGGCAGGGAGAGGACUGCAGUACGGGUAAUGGAGGAAUAACAAUAAUGUUAUAAUAAUGGAGGCAGCCCUUUACAUCAAUGCUUUACAGCAGUGAAAAGUGGGUUGGUGGACUUCCAUUCUAAAGGCUGUGGCUUCUUCCUUCUGUUUCAGAUGUAGAUGAGUGUCCGUCUAAUCCAUGCCCAGCCUUGGCCACAUGCACUAACACACAAGGUUCGUUCCAUUGCACGUGUUCCCUGGGCUACCAGAUGGAGAAAGGAAAGUGCAAUUUAGGUAAGAGAACUGAAGAGACUGGGGGUGGGGGCAAACUUCUUAAUAAAACAUAAAGCCACAUUUAGCUUAAUUUGUUAUUAUUAUUUUAAAAGGUUUUACUAGCACUGGCUACUUCUUAUUACCAGAAAUACAUUUAACCUCACUUUGCUGGUUUGCAGGAACUGGUUCUCAUUGAGAUCAAUGAAACUGAAGUCAGUCAUAUUUAACUUGUGUUAUCAAUUUCAGUGAAACCUAAGUUCAACUAACUUAUCCAAUCCAUGAUUUUACACUUCAAGACUUUAAAGGAGUAGAGAAGAUGUGCCUUAUGUUGUUGGAUUCAACCAUGCAUCAGCCACAGCUAGCAUGGCCAAUAGUCAGGGAAUAUGAGAGUUGCAGUCCAACAGUGGCUGGAGGACCAUGAGUAGCCACUGCCAAUCAUUGUAGACAAUACUGAGCUAGAUGGGCCAGUUGCCUGACUUGUUAUAAGGCAGCUUCCUGUGUUCUAACAUUAAUGUAUGAUUGGCAGUUAACAAUGUUCUGCUGUGUAAUGUCUAGUUUGGGACUUAGAAACAAAGCUUCCAUUUAAAUAAAAAGACAUGUUUCUAUUUCACUGCUGUGGAGAAAAGUUAGAUUUCCUUGGCAUUCAGUGUGUGUGUGCGUGAAAGAGAGAGAGAGAUCUAGCCCUUAAAAUAGCUAACGAGUUAUCUUCUUGCCUUCAGUUCGAACCUUUGUUGGCCAGUUUAACACAACUGGAGGGCAGUACUCAGAGUUUCAAGUUGAAGAAGCUAUUAUGAACAUGGUAAGUGUCAAAAGUUUCUUUUUAAGCAUAGUAUUUAAUUGACAGUGGCAGCUUGUGAGGAGGCAGUUUGCUGAAAGAAAUAAAGGGGCUUCUUCUCCUCGCCCAGCUCUUUUACAGAAGGCUCUCUUAUCAGGGGCAUGGCUGGCACCUUUGCCUGCCCUACAGCGCAGUAGAGCUUGUCUUUUAAACUUGUGAAUGAUCUUAGAAAGUUCUCCAGCACAUCCUAAAGUUGUCCACCGUGGACAACUAUCCCCAUCAUGCUGCUGCUUGCCUUUUCCCUCUCGUGACCCAUGAGCUUGCAUUCGGAACCUUCACAGUUAGGAAGCACCAUCAGUUCCUCAAAGGUGUAAGCAGAGCCAGCUCCAGAUUUGUGUGGGCCCCUUGCAACAGCACACAUGCACCCAACACACACACACAUCAUGCCUAUGCCUCUCCUUUGCAAUAGGUGGCCCAAGUUCCUCUCUCAUGUCUCCAUGUGCUGCUAUUUGUGGGUGACCAGGACCUCCUUACACACUGGGGGCAGAAUGGUGGUGAGGGACCACACCAAGCGAGCAGCAGCAGGCCAGCUACCUGGUGCAGCAGGGUUGGGAUGCAUGGCAUGAUGGCGAAGCUCGGAGCUCCUGGCUCAAUUUGCAAAACAAACAAACAAACCAAUACAAUGUCUGUUCAAUUUUUCCCCCCCAGCUGAACAAUUCUCUUUCAACAUUGCCAGGCUAUUACACUUCCACUGUUAAAGCAUCCAGGUAAGGAUCAUGAAACAGUAAAACCAUCACUUUGGGUGGCUGGGCUUUGAUUUGAACUCUUGCCCUAGAGCUUUAAUAAUAAUAAUAAUAAUAAUAAUAAAAAUAAUAAUGUUAUCAUUUAUACCACACCCAUCCGGCUGGAUUUCUCCAGCCACUCUGGGCAGCUUCCAGCACAUAUAAAAACCAUUUUAUACUGUGAUAUGUAGUCCACAGUCCCUCCCACCCCCCCACCCAUGGUACUGUGCCAUUAAUAAUUGGGAAGAAGAGAGACUGCAAUAACGCAUAUUCUUUCCCUGGUUUUCCCCACCUCCUUCAGUCGGUUAACUCUUUGCCUCAAUUGAAGAUUGAAGCCUUCUGGUACAGGCUGCAGUCUUCAUCUACCCUGUAAAAUGCCACAAACAUUGAUGCUGCUAUAGAAAUAAUAAAUGAUAACUACAAGAGGGAAUUUGGGCAGGAGCAGUUUAUCAUGUUGAGUAAUAAAAGAUGCCGCUCCUGAAAUUUUCUCGUGUACACAACUCUAAAUGAGCAGAAGCUCUUUUCCCCUUUCCCCUUGAUCAACCUGUGGCUUCUUUAUAUUGCGUGGAAUUGGUGCAAUUUGGCAAAACAAACCCAUAACCCUUCCCUGCAGUAUGUACAUGUUGCUUCCAGCCAGCACGGUCACAGGAAUGAACCUGCUCUGAAGAUUCUUAAUGGAAUCAGCCAUGCCAGAUUUUCUAGCACAACCAGCAUUGGCUUUAUAGUCAGGUCCUUGGCAUGGUCCUAGUCUUCCCCCAGGAACCUGCAAAAGUGGUAGGAGCUCUGCCUGGAGAAGGGUCAGGUCAGGUGGGCGCUUUGACUCUAGCAGCCUCUGAAGUGCACUGCCUCCCUGCCUUUUUGAUAUAAAGCACCGCAGGCAGACAGAUACUGUCAAGCCAAGACUAGGAAAAUGCGUUCAUGCUGUGUGUAUGAUAUUUGUACCAUUCUCAAAUAAGUGUCGUAGUUCUACAACUGCAGGAUGAUGAUGCAGACUUUGCAUUUUCUCACUCUUUCCACAGGCAGUCGGGCAUCAUGCAAGUGUCUGUCCUGAGCACCUUUUCUUUGGUCUCCAACGUCACCCUUUUUGAGGUUGCUAGCACCGUGCGAAGCCACAUUCGAGCCUGCAAGGCUCCCACACAGACUUGCCAGUUCAUCUCUAAACUUACACUGCUCCACAGAGGUAAAAAGACAUGGUGAAACACUGGGGUUGGUUUUUUCUUUUUCUUUUUUUUAAAAAGAAAGUUUUCAAAAGAACAUUCUGUCUUUUCUUUCUUUCUUUUUUUUAAAAAAGCUUGCUUUCUUCAAAGCUCUCUUUGAAAAGCUUUGUUUCACUGAAACAGAAAGCCUCUUGAAAGCCUCUAUAGGAUAAAAUAAAGAUUUCAUUCUCACAUGUGUGAGAAGCUUGCCUCCCUACAAAAACAUUCUUGUAAGUAAAAUAUGGGACACACCGUGGGAUUAUGGUCUUUGUGUACAGGCUUUUCAUGUCAGAGGUGUGGCAUUGAAUCCUGACCACAUGGUGCGAACCUGUCAAAAUUAUGGGGCAACACUUCUCAGAGCCACAGGAUGAGAGAUGACAGUACAGGUUUUUAAAAUAAAACAGUAGUACUACUAAUAAUAUAGAUCUUUAAAUUGAUUAGCUUACUGACAGUUAGAUUUUUCAAGGAUGCUAAUCCUUAGUGGAAAAGAAGGGAAAUGAAUUUUUUAAAAAAACCUGAUCACAGUCAGAACUGGCAAGGGAAAUGGUAUUUCAGUGUCCAACCCACUAAGGAUGCACAGAGGAAACACAAAAUAACGCAAAACCACAAAGUUAAAUUACCAAUACAAGAAAAUAGGCUCUACCAUAACCAGCAACCUUUCCAUCAAUGAGAGCUGGACAAGCAUACAGUGGUACCUCGUUUUAAGAACAGUCCGGUUUAAGAACGAUUUGGUUUACAAACUUCACAAAACCGGAAAUAAUUUCUUGGUUUGAGAACUUUACCUUGGUCUAAGAACGGAAUCUGAACAGUGGAAGGGCACCGGCAGCAGGAGGCCUCAUUAGGGAAAGCGUGCCUUGGUUUAAGAACGGAUUCGGUUUAAGAAUGGACUUCCGGACGGAACGGAUUAAGUUCGUAAACCAAGGUACCACUGUAUUGAGAAGACAUCUGUGGCAAUGGCUUGCCUCUUCAAAAGGGUAUGGGAGAGUGUGAUGCUAAUGACCAAUACCAAGAUAACGGUCUACCAGGCUUCCAUGCUGAGCACGCUGCCUUAUGGAGGUGAAUCAUGGCCAUUUUAUACCCGCCAAGAGCGACGCCUCAAUGCCUUCCAUAUGCAUUUAUUAGGAAGAUUUUAGGCAUCACAUGGCAGGACAGAGUCUCAGUCAAAGUUGUGCUCUCCCAAGACCACAUUCCCAGCACGUUUGCACUUUUGUCUCAGCGACAUCUACGCUGGCAUAAAAUCAUGCACAAAUAACACAAAACACGAUCUAAAAAUUACAACCGUAGUUAGUAGUAUACACAGCUAUUACCAACACACUGGAAAUGCUUGGAUACUGGAUUAGCAAGAUCAGCUGGUUAGGUUUUUUUGUCAUUAAGAGAUGAGCAACAGCUGUACAGCCUGGUACCUUAGCAAUGGUGGAAUUUCAAAAGGGAACAAUAAGGGUCAAACAAGUGGUAGGAAACCUGUGGAUGGUGUAAACUGUUGUCCGGCAACAUUUGGAGGGCCACAGGUUUUCCCCACCCCUUGCUCACAAAAUAUCUAAUUCGAGUCCUGAUAUCUGUGGAGAAAGAAUCCAGUGAAGGUGCACUUUCCCUCUGCCUAGUUAAUGACCUUCCCAAUGUUCUUUUUUUGCAAUAGUUGGCGGUCUGUGUAAACACAAAGAUCCGGAAUGCGACAAAGAAACUUCUGUGUGUGUGGACUUGGACGGCAUUGCAGUUUGCAAGUGCCAGGCUGGAUACUUCAAAUACAACAAACGGGAUCAUUCCUGCAGAGGUAUUAUGCAUUGUGCAGCUGGAUCGCUGGGGUUCAUCUUUAAUCUUUUGGUUCCAGAUCAAAGGAUAUUCCGCAGAUCAAUGUGAUUUCUUGUAUUUCUAUGCGUGCUAAGCCCUACGAAUAAGUAUUAAAAGCUUAAGUUUUCUUUACCCAGUGCUCGUUUUUCUACAGUAGAAAUUGGGGAUAUGGUCUCUUGCUUCCUCUCAGUGCAGCAAUAAUAUUAUCCUUUUACACAGCAUGCUGUGUAAGCCAGAAAGAUCCAGUGAAAAGAAUAAAAAGGGGGCAGGCCAGGGAGGGGUCUGAUAUGCCUGUGGCGAAAGUUCAGUUUUUAGAGAUGACAUAGUGCGGUUAUUUCUGUCUCUGUUUUGUCUGAUCUCCAAGGGAAGUAAAAAAAAGAUAAUUGCUUUUUAUUCACAGGCUGUUUUGGUGGAUCCUUCACAAUGUUCCAAUUGAGCUGACCCAAAGUGUGAAUUGCUUUUUCAUCCCGAAAAGCAGAUAACACAUUUAGAAACAUGAUCCAAUCGCAUUUAAUUACCCUAUUGGAUAUCUUUUAGAUUGAAUCCUGUUCAGUCCAAAAUAAAAUACUAUCCCCACUGCUUGUUCAGGAACUUCUUGCUCCAUGCUAACUAAGCCAUGUGGAUGUAGCCUAGAUCCUGUCUAGAUUUCAGCAAUAUGACCUCACUUUUUCUGUUAAUGGAAGUAGCCGCUGUGACCUUCCAUUAGUCUACACCUCAGACAUUAAUUAAACAUGGAGAGACAGAAGAACUUCGGAAAUCUGACAUCUGUGCUCGCUCUGAGAUAACCCUCAUUUUAUUUCUGUAGUUCUCUGCAGGCAUUCAGUUUGAAUUUGCAGAGGCUCAAACAUGAACACGGAUGCUGAUUUCCGUCCCCUUGGUUCCCUGCACACUCUGGGGGCGCCCCUGACCAAUACACCUUCAGCAUUAGCCUGAAAGUGUUGCUUUGUUCACACGGAGCAUUUCCAACAUUGGAAUAGGAAACUUCGUCAGUCUGCUUUCAUCUAUAUAAUAAGUAAAAUUAUAAAACAAAUCAUCAUAAAGACAAAAAUUAAAAACCUCUUGUAGAAUCUCACAUUCACUUGCGAUUUAUCAAAUCGGUGAAGGCCAAAACCAAGACAGCACCUUACUAUUCCUCUUCCUAUGCUCCAAGGCCCCUCAAUCCCAAAAUAAAGUUUACUUUAAAAGAUACAGAUGCCCCACAAUUUCUGGGGAGUAUGGUCCCUGGCACUUGGGAUGUUGUGCUUCUUUUUCUCUUCCCUAACCAGCUCCUUUCACUUAUAUCUUUAUUCUCUUUCUUCCCCCCAUAACCCCCAGCUCCUUUUUCUUCUCUGCAUGGCCAUCCAGCAUCCUUCUACCCCCAUCCCCAUCCAAUGCCUUUCUCUCUUUGCUCCACAAUCAUUCAGCUUCUUUCUGUGUUCCACCCCACCCUCAUUCCCAAGAUCAUUAAGGCUUCUUCCUCCACCCAUCCUCUGAGAGGAAUCCUCUCUCACCUUUCUAUGGACACAGGAGUGAAUCAACCAAUUCACUCAGUCAUUUACUGGCAGCAGCCACCAACUGGACAACCUGCAGUUCCACUUGCUCCAGACUACAGCCUCUGAACCUCUCUUGACCAGAGCAGGCCAGAAUUAAGUGCAGCAACACCAAGUUUGGUUUAGCUUAAUUUCUGCAGCACUCUAGAUUGGUUGGGAACUCCUACACAAGUGCCCCAUUAAGCAACAGCUGUGUCCUUGACCAGCUUUGGGGAUACCUACAUUAGUAAUCCCAGCAAAACUGGGAAAUAUGGCUGAAUUAUGGUCCAGGAUGCCCUCUUUGUUGGCAAUUUUCAGGAGUUCAUGGCACCUGGGGAGGAGCCAGAGCUAGAUUUCUGAAGUCCUGCCAGGGCAAGUGAGUGAAUGAGGAGUGUAUGUGACUCUUACACAGGGUCAGGGAACAGUAGAGAGGCUGGCUGGCUGGUGAAGAACAACACGCUGCCAACUCUUAAUAAGGAGCUUCCCUGCCAAGUUUAUAGUGCCAUUUGGUUCCAGAGAUUUUCUGCAUGAAAAUCAACCUAAACUUUGGCUGUACUUGUCUAACAGAUGCAGAUUCACCUGCCUGUUUAUCUGUCUUGAGUUCUGGAUCUCAAGCGUUCUGUUCAUGUGUCCUGCAUUUUGAAAAUGGUUGUGUUUAGACACGGUGGGUGGCUGGGUUCACUGCACAGCAGAAAAAAUAUCCAGAUGUGUUUCAGUGUUGGGGAAAAAGUGGUUUCUGGCUUUCAGAUAAUAGCAUGUUUUGGAGUUAACGCUUUAUACAUUCUCAGAGGGGUGGAGGCAAGGUGCCAAACCUCCCCCGCCUUCCAUCAAGCAUAGCAGCAAUUUAUUUAACUUGCUCAUUCCACUGUUCUAAGCUGCUCACUUGAAUAGUUAGAGGGGUUCCUUUUAUGGAUCAAGGGCAGGGCCAGAACAUCACAUAAUUGUUUGCCAAUAAGGAAACGUGUAGGGCCUAACUUAAAAUCACUGUGUGCAAAUUGUUUAGCCUUGUGGGCUCCAGCAAAACUUAGCUGGAAAGCUGCAACCGAGUUUCAUAUUUCACUUUUCCUACCUUCCGUAUCUUUAUUAAGUUCUAUAGACCACAUAUAAAUGCGACCAAUAGCAAUCAAAGAGGAUUGUCAUCUCCUUGAAAACUAAAUACAAUCUGAAUUUUGGCCCCACUAAAUAAAUAACAGAAUCAAUUAAUUUAUAACAUAAGGAUGAAAUGCAGCAUUUAAACAAAUAGCAUCAAAAGCCCUGUAUUUGCAUAGGAACGACAAUGCUGGCUCCACUGCUCGCUCCACACUGUUGCUGCACUUGCAGCAGUGCUUCAGGUUUGUUCAGUGGAAGGGGAGAGGAGGAAAUCCUCACUACUUGGUAAAAGUUUCCUGAACUUUUGCUGUUCCCAUUGCAAAUGUUCACCCUCCCCCAGUCUUCGGCAUGGGUUUGGCCUCAUUCCCUUAAACCCCCUGAAAUGUACAGGGAUGGGUCUUUGGUUCAGCAUUGAUUUAAACCAGUUGACUAGCAGAGGUCACUAUUAAUCCACAGGAAUGCCACAGAUUAAAGUAUUAGAAACAACAUAGAAAGCUGCUUUAUACCAUUUCUCCAUUUAUCCCAGCAUUGUCUAUCCUGAAUAGCAGUGGGUCUCUGGGGUCCUAGGGACUGGUUUUUCACGUUACCUGCUAACUGAUCAUUUUAUCCAGAGAUGCAAAGGAUUCAGCCUGGGACUUUCUGAAUGCAAAGCAUGCAUUCUGCCUCUUGUUUCCUAUGCCUUCUGGGACCUUGUGAAUGCUAAAUAUGUGCCAUUAGGCAGAAACGGCAUGUAAAUCUGUAAACCAAAAACAGCCUCUGGAAACUCUAGCUUGUAUCCAGUGCUGCUAUCCCACUAGAGCAGCAGACUUCACUUUGCACAACAGAACUCCUCUUCAUCCUUUUGCCCUGUAGUCUCCUGAGCACCCUCAAAAUCUGCUCCGGAGGGUUGGAUAACCCUCUGGAUCAGAUUUUUGAGGGUACACAGGGAAAGGAGAAGGGGAAGUCCCACUGCAAAAGUGGAACUCCCCACUCAGUGUUGAAUACGACCCUGAUACACUGAGCAAGGGAAUAGUGAUGAUACUUAAACCCUUUGCCCUCCAGCCAUUAAAAAACAAAUUCAAUAUCACUCCCAGCUGAUUUAGACUGAGUUCAUCUAAAGUAGUUUUUUGGAUAUCUAAAGUAUUCAUUUUCUCUCUAUAUAUAUUCUCUGUUACUGAGGUGUUGUCAUGGACAUUCUUUCUUUUUUUCCCCGUCUUCCCCCCGAAAAGGAAAAGUUAAGUGUGCCUAUAUACCAUGCAAGGGAUGAUUAUGAAUGGGAAAAUGGCUACAGUCAAAGAGGUGAAAACUUCCUCUAGGCCUGGGCGAUAUAGCGAUAUAUUGCCCAGGACCGGUAUGAGGAGCAGACCGUGAUGCCAGCUUCAUUCAGCAGUACAGUGGUACCUCGGGUUACAUACGCUUCAGGUUACAGACUCUGCUAACCCAGAAAUAGUACCUCAGGUUAAGAACUUUGCUUCAGGAUGAGAACAGAAAUCGUGCUCUAGCAGUGUGGCGGCAGCAGGAGGCCCCAUUAGCUAAAGUGGUGCUUCAGGUUAAGAAUAGUUUCAGGUUAAGAACGGACCUCCGGAACGAAUUAAAUACUUAACCCGAGGUACCACUGUAUAUCGCAGGUGAAACCACCAUAUCUCCCAAGUCCCUCUGCUAGCUGUGUCCGCUGGAGGGAGUCAAAAGUUCCUUCCUCCAGCGGGCGCUGCUAGCAGAGGGACUCAGGAGCGCUGGCAGUUUCACCACCAAUAUAUCACUGAGUGUAAUUACCAUCCCACUCUGUACUCAUAUAACGGAGCCACCGAUACAGCCUGUUCCUCCCUCUACAUCUUUAAACUGCUCGAUGGAGGAGUGUGCAGCUGCCCUUGCCUCAGUUGAGCGGUUAAAGGAGCUGGUUUCUGCAAGCCAUCUCGGGGGGGGGGAGUUCCCUCUCCCCAACUGAGUUGCAUGAACAAGCUGCAUUGUCCCAGCCUGCAGCCCUGGGAGAAACCAUCUCAGCUCUCGAGGUGAGAGCUGGGGCAGUUUCACCUGGUGUCUCACAGGCGGAGGCCAAUGCAUCUUGUUUUUUCAACAUCACGGUAUAUCGCCAAACUGCGAUGUUUGGCUGGCAAUACACCACGAUGUUGAAAAGCUGAUACCGCCCAGCCCAUGCCUCCUCCCCUCCCCACCUUUACCCCUGUUCCUCUGCUCAACACUGUAGUCUGCACAGGCUGCUUUUGGUUAAAGAUGUAUUUGAGUGAAAUGUGGACACUGCUGCAAGUCUUUUAAUAAGUAGCAUUGCUGUGUGUUAAGAGUGACCUCCACUGGCCAGAUGGUUUAAAUGCAUUGAGUUACUUGCCUAGUAUUGUCUUAUUUUUAUUUAUUUAUUUGCGCUGUUUGUAAUCCAUGCUUUUGUGAGAAUAUAUCAAGGGGGUAUACAACAUAGAAGAAUCAAAUCAGCAGAAUGCAUCAUAAAAAACAUUAUUAAAAACUUCAAUAAAACAUAAUUCAAUGCCAAUUGGUGAAAAAUAGAAAGUUCAUAUUUCAAGGUCUUCACUCACUGCUUUCUCUCACUCUUUCUGUAUGCUGCUCCACACUGCAUGGAAAGCCAAAUUAUGCCUUAGGGAGACUGAAUAAAUGUGCUGGAUUCUUGAGAGGAACUCUCCGCCACUCUGUUCCUCCCUGGUUCUCUAAGUUGAGCUGAGCCAAGGUUUGAACCAGGCUUGUGUUAGAACUCCCUCUUCAUUAAUGUUGGGUCCCAUCCACACCACCCUGCCAGCCACUACUGAUUGCGCAUAUUUAUUGGCCAGAAUAUAACAGAAUGGUGCAAUUGAUUCUGGACAACCCAAGAUGUGCUUGUGUUGAUUGAAAAGCAAAUGCUGGCCAUACCCAAUGGAAACCCACUUUUGAAACUGAGAGGACUUUCAAAAGCAGUUUUUCACAGGUGUUUGCUGUUUAACGUGGGCGGGGAUGUAAAAAAAAAAUAUUGCACUGAGUUCACCUAAAGUAGUUCUUUGGAUACCAGCAAUUAUCUUUUUCUGUCACUGAGAUGUGCUUAUGGACAUUCUCUUUCUCUUUUAGCUUGUGAAGAUGGGUAUAAACUUGUGAAUGACACUUGUGUGAGGUACAGUAAAUUAUAGAAAUCUGUUUUCUUUGUUUCUCAUUCCUUUCCCUCAUGCUCAUUGCCAUCACCAGUCAUUAACACAUUUUGAUCACUUUCACAUUGGUUCAAUUAACACUUAAUUGAUUGGAAACUUUUUUUCCCCUGUUUCAGUUGCCCAUUUGGAUUAGGAGGAUUCAACUGUGGGAAUCGUGAGUAUCUGGUCUAGCAGCUCUAACUCCCAAACUGGUUUUGCUUUUCUUUCAAUAAGUUAUAUGGCAUUUCAACAAUAGAUUUCCAAAACAGUGUAUGACCGAGGCUUUAAAGGCAGUCACUUAUAGCACAUCAAAAACCAUUAAUUUAAAACCAACAGAUGUCUAAGCAAGCAGUAUUAAACCUAAUUUUUAGACAUUGUGAAAAAGAGAGCUCACCCUGACCCUGGAAGGAAUACAGAGAAGAAGCCAUAUGAGACUCCUGUCAGAGGCCAUUCCAGAGUACUUGGGCCACAGCAAAGAAGGCCCUUCAUCUUCUGAAAGCUAAUGUGGUGUCAAUGUAAAACUGUUGAAAGUUCUUCAUUGUCUGGGUGGGAGGAUUCAUACAGAAGGAGAAUUUCUGUGAGGUAAUUUGAAGCCAGGCAAUUUAGUUCUUUAUAUGUCAAAACAAAACCAGUACAGCACACUGAAUUGAAUCCGUAAACCAGCCAGCAAUGAGUUCAGACAUUUCAAAAUAUGUAAAAUAUGUGUAUAUCAACUAGUACCUGUUAAUUGUCUCUGUGUGAGCAUUUUCUCUUAGGCUAACUAGUUUUUCCAGUUCUGUUAAAGAAGCUAAGCUACAUCAGUGAAUCUUUAUCCCAUACCUGAUGGUGGCUUUGUAAGCAUUCCAUGACAUAAGAGCACCUCAGAGGUUAUAGCUAAGGGAAUCUUUACAGGCAUCAAGAAGGUGACAGUUUCACAUUAUUGCCUAUACAUAAAAGAUGAACAUUUUUCCAUUGAAGCAAUAUUGUUUCUGUUCUUUGCUUUAGCGUAUCAGCUAAUCACCAUUGUGAUCGCAGCAGCUGGAGGGGGACUUCUGCUCAUCAUGGCGAUAGCUCUCAUUGUCACAUGCUGCCAGUAGGUAUCCUAAGCCAAGUGCCUGUUUUUAAAAUAAAAUACUAAAUACCCAUCAUGGGGAAAUUGUUUAUCUAUUGAUUAUACUUUUGUUGAACGAAAUUGCACCUUUAAAAUGUUUAUUGUGAUUUUGCAAAAAUUAAUAAUGUCCAAAUGUUUCAGAGCUGUAUAUCAACCAUAUCAAGAUAAAUGAUUUGGCAGAUGUCAUAAAUACUGAAAAGCAUAAGUAAGAUCUGGCAGAAGCUUCUUUAAUUUUUCAAAAGAAAGGGAUAUUAUCGUUAUAUUUCCCCACCACCACCACCAUUUGUCCAAGGAGCAUACUAGAGCAGUGUAGUAUCUGACUCCCUGCUAAGGAUGGAAGAGAAAUUUGAUGCACUUUGCAUUUUAAGGCAAACUUACUUAGUCAGCACUUUCUGAAAUGAUACGUGAAAUGAAACACAGCUAUCCUUCAAAGAAACUUUCCUCAAUUUUGUGAUGCAGUUCUCUAGCCAAGUAAUGCGUACAAAAAUACAUACACUAGGGUCAACUGUGCAUGUUGUUGUUUAGUCAUCUUAGCCGUGUUCGACUCUCCGUGACUCCAUGAACCAGAGCAUGCCUUGGAAACUCUCACUUUCUUCUCAGAGCUUCUCCUUUUUAUGUACAUGGAGUUUUCUUGGCAAAAUACUGGAGCGGUUUGCCAGUUCCUUCUCCAGCUGGAUCACAUUUAGUCUAACCUCUCGGCUAUGACCUGUCCGUCUUGGGUGUCCCUGCACGGCAUAGCUCAUAGCUUCUUUGACUUAUUCAAGCCCCUUCGCCACAACAAGGCAGUGAUCCAUGAAGGGGUCAACUGUGCAUAGAAAUGCAUAUAUCUGUGAAAAUAACAUGCAAAAUGUGUUUAUAUGCAAUGAAAUGGCUUUGCAAAAAUGAGUAUACUAGGCAACAUUUCAUACCAAAAAAUAUGAGAAAUUUGCAGUAAAACUAUGAUUUUUCAUGAGGUUUUUUUAAAAAAAAAAUUCAAACAUAUGUGGAAACAUAUUCUGCAUUCCCCUCUUCCCCACCCCAGUCAUAAUUGUGUUUUCACAACACCCCUGUAAGCAAGGCUGUGCAGAAAGAGAGAGCAACUGGCCCAAGGACAUUCAAUGAGCUUCAUGGCUGGUUCAGUGAUGAUUUGCAUCCGCAUCUCCCUCAUCCAAGUUCAACCACUAUUCCACACUGGCUCUCUUAUGGUUAUGAAAGAGAUGCAUGGGAGUUUUAUAGCUAUCUCCUGUCCUUUUCAUAUGGUUUGCAUAUAAAUCUUUCUUUCUUUCUUUCUUUAUCCCAGGAAGAAUAAAAAUGACAUAAGCAAACUCAUCUUCAAAAGUGGAGAUUUCCAGAUGUCGCCAUAUGCUGAGUAUCCCAAAAACCCUCGAGCUCAAGACUGGGGGAGAGAAACCAUUGAAAUGCAAGAGAAUGGGAGCACUAAAAACCUACUACAGAUGACAGAUGUUUACUAUAUGGUAACUAAUCCUCAGCUUGUACAUGUGCGUUUUAACAAAAGUCCAAAGGUUAUAUACUCAGUGAUAUAUAACCAAGGUUACAGUAAAGAUAAUUGGUUUUGAGCAGGGACUGGUUGUGCAGUCAGUGUAUGUUCCUGCAGGCCUCAUAUGCUGAUCUUGCCAUGGAAGGUUUAAGCUAAAUGAGAACUUUAUUGUCUCUCUCCAUAAAGAACAGAACAGACCCAGGAAACGUUCGACUUCACCUAGCUCCAGUUAAAUCCAUUGCCACCUAGUGGCAAAACUAUGUCUAUGCAUUCAGAUAGUCCAGCCUUCUACAGGCUGCCACAAUUAGAGCAUACAGCCGCUAUAGCAUCAUAAUAGUACAUGAAUUAUGAUGUAACAAUUCCCAUAACAUCCAACAGUGAUGUCUUUGUCUCUCCAGUAUGACAGAUUACUAAGAUCUUGGCCUUGGGGAGGGCCAGGAAUAUUGUUCAUUACCUUCAUAGCCUCCCCUUUGUCCAAUAAAUUAAUGGAAUCCACCCCUCUCUAGCUAAGUUAUGCUGAGAGAGAAUGAUUAUCCCAAGUUCAUCAAAUGAGCUUCAUUGCUGGGUGGAAAUUUGUAUCCUGGUCUCCUUCAUCUUCAUCCUAUAAUCUCUGGGAUUAGCAGCCAUAUGACAAUGAUAGCAGCAUACUGUAUCUCCUACAUCAUUGAUUCCUACCUGGCUGUGCUUCACCCAAAAUAGCUGCCCUGGAGGCGUUCCCCAUAAUAUCUACAUGUGCAUCGGAGUACAAAACAAAUGUGCUGUAUUUUCUAUGUACUCAUUGGUCUGGGUUGCAAUGGCUAUGAUUUGUUCAUGCCAGUAACAGCUUGUGGGAGAAGCUUGCUUUCCAGUAUGCUAAGGAAGUAUUAGGCAGCAAUAUAUUUUCCUAGGUUGCAUCUGAUUGGUAUAAUUCUGUUUCCAAAGCUUUGGCAUUCCAGAUUUUUGGUUUGAAAGAGAAUGAGAAAUAAAAGUGAAAAGAGGGAUUCAGAGAUAUUACUGUGUUUACCUUUGUCAUGCAUGGUGGCAGUAUAUAGACAUAAUAAUAGUAACUGCUUCUAUGCUCUGAUUUUUGUUUUAAUUUCAUGGUAAUGUUGUUUACACACACACACACACACACACACACACAUAUAUAUAUAUACCACAAUUCCAUCAAAAAUUUCAAAGCAGUGCAUUAUAUACAUAAAACCCAAACAGAUCACCAGCUAUUAUUUUUUCUUCAGUUGUCUUCAUGAGCCUGGUGGCCUAGAAUGCUCAAACAAUUAUUACUGAACACAUCUGCUUAAUCUCUAUCAGAAGAGCAUAUUAUCUAUUGGAAGCAUUUGUACCUUCAUGUAUUAUUAUUAAAAUCCCACAAAGGAUAAGUGCUGACUGUUGAACCGUUUUUUCCUUCCUUUCUCUGUCCAUGUCUUAUCCUUCUAGACAACCAACCCAAGGAACCCUGAACUAGAAAGAAACGGGCUAUACCCACCUUACACAGGUCUUCCGGGAUCUCGACACUCCUGCAUCUACCCUGGCCAAUACAAUCCUUCCUUUGUUAGUGAUGACAGCAGAAGAAGAGAUUACUUUUAAUGGAAUUGCAGGAGAGAGAUGGGAAAGUGAAUGGAACACCGGCCAUUGCCUGCUAAUUGUUUUCUGGGUACACAUUAAUUAUACAGCUCAGAUGCUGGCAUAGUUUUGUAUACAGAAAGGAAACUUUGAACCCUUGGAGGAUACUGAACAGGGUUGUCCGAAAGGAGCCAUUUGUAGCUGCUGUUGAACAGCAAUGGGAAGGCAGGUGUAAAGAGCAAGUCAGCACACAGGCCUGUCUAAGAGGCAAGGGAGAAACUUAAAGAAGUUCCCGUGUGUACAUUCUGCAUCUUUUCCUUAUCACUAAUUGUGUCACAUAACUUGAAUUUGAUAGUAGAUCACUAAAGCAAAGCUAACAAACACUGUGGAUGACACUCUAAAUCUAACGCCAGUAAAGUGUGUUGUGUUUACAGUUAACAACUAGUGCUGUGUUUGUGUUGCCCACGUUUUAUGCAAAGCUGCAUUGAGUGGAUUUUAUGGAAAGAACCAUUUCUCUGUCACCAGGUAUCUAUUAAUGGGUACUGAUGAGAUAGUCACAGAAUGCUGGGAUUGUGUAUGGGAAUGUGGCCUAAGGAUGGGGGUUCUAUGUGUAAUGUGCAAAGUUCAGGGUCCUUUUUCUUUUCUUUGGAUAAUGCAUCUUCUUAUUUCCUGUCUUGUCAUUCAGUUGUGUAUUGACUCAGUUGCAAUGGUGCUUGUUCCUGCCCUCUGUUUGAAUUUAUUAUUGACCAUUGUCUCAUGAACAGUAAUCAUUGCCCCAUGCCCAUGCCUUCUCCAGCCAUGAAUUUUUUCUUCCUCCGUGAACUCUUAGUGAAUUGAUUAUGUAUGGUGGUCUCAUACUAUAGAAGCACGUGUGUGUGUGUGUAUGUGUGCCCAAAUGGUGGGUGAGGAUUUCCCACAGUAAAAAUGGGGGUGUGGGGGUGUUUUAUGAUAUUCAGGUUUACAGUAUCUGAAAUUUGAGCUCAGAAAAUAAAAUCCUGAAAUCAUCAGAUCAAGAAGAAGAAAAGUGAUAGGAAUCUGAAACUCUGGCUGAGAAUACCUGAAAUGCCACAACAUGUGCCCCCAAAUUUGGUUGGGAUGCUUGUUGAAUUUCACAGGCAGCUGACUGUUCACUUUUAGUUUAGCUAGGCUGAUCACCGUGAUAUGAGACCAACAAACUGUGCUUGUUCAGUGCACUGCUGCUACCAGACUAAACCCCACAAGAGGUUGAGCUAAUAGAGCUGGUUUAAACGGCAUACAGCCAGCUUACCAACUCAAAUUUUCCCUCUCAUUAACUCAUUGUCCUUUCCUAGCACUUAAACCAGGAUUCCAAGUCACUUGUAAAUUGUGGUUUGCCCCAGAACCACAUUCUUCCAUAUGGGAAAAGGAGUCUCAUACUAGAAUGCCCUUUUGUGGUGUCUUGAGUUGUAACCCAAGACAUCUUCUCAUUUAUUUAUUUUUGUCGUUUUCAAAAUGUCCAUCCCUUUGCUGCUGAAGAAAAGUGUGCUUUUGCCUCUUUCUUCCUCCCAUCCACAUAACCAGGGACCUGGUGUUCACCCACUGCAACACUAAAUAGCUCACCUCCCAUAGUUAUUUAUUUUAGGAUUUCCCAAUCCCUGGCAACAGAUUUCCCCACCUGCAAGGCUAGCCCUGACCCAUUCCAUAUCGUGGAGAUAAGAUAUAGUACGGAAGAUGGCUUAACUUUUAUGCAGGUAGCCGUGGGAGAAAGCAACCAGGAAACAUUUUAAGUGGGAUUGUCAUCAUAUGUAGCUGAACCUGGACCCAAGUUCUCUUCCUAGUGCAAAACAACUUUUGCUCUCUGAAUGUUCUAAAGAAGGUGUGGUUUUAUGAGAAAAGAGGACUUUGUACAGUGUGCAGGAAGCUGCAGGGUGGCUGAGUGGUGACGCUUGCAGCUUAAUCAUGAAGGAUUUGGAGGCAGUGAUUAAUAGUGAGAGACCUAGCCUGCAGAGCGGCAUGUGAUUGUUUCAGAUUGGGUGAGUGGGGGAAGAUUGGGUCAGGCCAGAGGUGUUUCUUGUCCUGCACUCCUGUAUCCCAUAGCAACCACUUCAAAAUUGUGAAAAAGGAUGCACUUCACCAGAAGGUGCAGAAAAAGAAGGAAAUAAUCCAAGGAUGUGGGAGAGAAAGGAAGGCAUGAGAAAGCGGGAGAGACAUACACUGUCUGUGUACCACUUCUGAAUACAUAGGCUAAUUGCCAGUGAUAAAACUACCCUCUGUGACCAUGUUAUCUUAUGAAUUAAGUUCAGUUGUAACUAUAGUCCAUGACAUUUUCAAGGCUCCAACCUCAGAUUUCAUUAGUCAUAGAAUAGGCUAAGAUACCAUUCUGUAUAACGGCUAAAUUCACAAGCUUAACUGCAGCAACCACAUCUGCAAGCAGAAAAGGACUGGGGAAAAUAUCCUGAGUAGUCUAGUUCCUCUUGCUCUAGCUGUACCUAUUCUGCUUUUUGAAAUUAUUUGGGAACAAUAUUUCUAUUUUUUAAAAAAAUCAGCUGUGUUCAGGUCACUUUACUGCUUUCUGUACUGCAAAUUGCGUCAGGGUGUACUUUGUAUCGUAAAAAGCCCCCCCUCCCCCAAUAUAAAAUUAAUCAUCAGGUGUUUUCCACAGACUGAUCUUGCAUUGCCACACAAGGAAGCCGGAUGCGAAAGGGAGUUUGUUCACCUUGAUCUGGCAAGGGUGAUUCACAUGUGGGGUGAAAGAAAAGGCGGGGGAGCUAUACCCAGAUGGUCAGUGCAGUCCGGCUAUAACAGAGCUGAUACUGCCAGCCAUCUGGUUGGCGGGUGUGUACACAGAAAUCUAGAUGAAGCAGCACAUGUUCAGCCAUAUUCCCUUCAUGGGAGGAAUCCUUGGAUCAGGACCUUUGCUUUGGAUGGCAAGGGGAAUGACCCAUAACUAUGCCCACUUUUAUGGAAAGGUGUAGUUGACAAAACAGUUGCCAAACACCCGUAAAAACUUCCAACGCUUUCUGUCAUAAUCUUAUAUUACAGGCCUCGUUGAAGCAUCCCUUUAAACCACAGUUUAAACUAUGGUUUAAAGUGAACACUUGUAGUGCUCCACCACUACUAUUUCCUUUCCCACUUGGAGGAGGAAACACCGUGGAGGAUGGCUUCCCAUUAAGUGCCAACAAGCACUUGUGUAUUGUUUCUUUCCUACCUAACCAGCCACAAUGGUUAUCCAAAGUUUAUUUGUUAUUUAUUUUAUUUAUUUACCCUAUUUAUGGAUUGCCUUUCACCCAAAGGCCCCAGGGCAGGACUACACAGAAUUGAAACCGAAAUUAGUAAUAAUAAAGCCUGAAAACUUAAAUACCAUACAAAUAAAACAGCAGCGUCAAUUAAAAUCCAACCCCAAUGUACCUGACCCUUCCCUAAAAUCCUGAGAAAGCCCAACGCUGAAAUGACAACAAUGUGGUGGUGAGGCAGGCUUCAGAGGGAAGAUGGCUCCAGAGGAACGGGGCUACUCCUGAGAAGGCCCAACUAUGGGUCCCCACCUUAAGGAAAAAGAUAUGGAAAGAGACAUUAUUUUAGAUACUUGGGACCCAGAUCGUUAAGGGCUUUAAUUACUAACACAGGCACCUUAACUAUGGCCUGGAAGAUUUGUAGUUGUUUCAAAAUUGGUGUCCUGUAUGAGCUUUUCCAGAUACCUACUGGCAGUCUAGCUGCUGCAAUUUGCAUUAGUUGUUGUUUCAUAGUUCAACCAGUUAUGCACAUAGUUCAACCAGUUAUGCACACCAGGACAUACAUAACUGUGGCCAAGCUAUCUCUGUCCAGAAAUAAUUGUAAUUGGUGCACCAGCCCAAACUGGGCAUGGGCAUUCCUACCUCUGAGGUCACGUGGACCUCAAGGGAUACAGCUUUGUUAUUAGCUUACCAUCACGAGGGCUGGGUUGCAUAUAGCAGGAAGCAAGCCUCUGGUUUGUUUUCCCUUUGAGUGGAAGUCAAGGAGUGGCAGUGGAGCACCUAAUGACUUUUAACUUUAUUUUAACUAUGAUUUAAUGUGACUUGCAAACCAGCCCACAGACUAGCUGAAUAAUCAUUACCUCAGCUAAAGGAACUCUGGGAGUUGUAGUUCUGUUCACAGAACUGGGAAUUUCUUAUGAGAGAGCGAAUUCUCAGUACUCUCAACAAAUUACAGUUCCUAAGAUCCUUUAGGGUCAAACUUGCUGUGGAUUCAAAAGUGAAUAAUAAAGUGUCCUUGGUGGAAGCUCGGCAGAGUCCCACUGUGAUGCCACAUAGAAGAAGCAACAACAAGAGGAACAGUAUAAAGGGGAGUUCAAAACAUUUAUUUAUUUAGUAGAAAUGAAUGAGUAUUUCUUAGUUACUAAUUGGAAAAUCAGUUAUGCUAAUAUUUUAUUAUAUUUGGUGACAGUGAGAUACUGAAAUCUGUGAUGGGUAGUACAAUGGGGGAAAGCCUGCAAUGUUUUGACACGACAGUAUUUUGCAGAAAUAAUCAAGAUUAUGAGCCUACGCAGUUUUGUGACUAAAGUCCCAUUGGACCUAGUGGGAUAGAGGCUUAAGUUUGUAGUAAAAAAUGGUCAUGUAUUUGGGAUUCUUGUUCAGAUAUAACAGUGCAACCCUAACCAUAUCGACUCAGAAGUAAGUCCUAUUGAAUUAAGUAGAGCUUACUGCCAGAUCGUGGGGUUAGGAUUGCAGCAAAACACAGGAGUCCAACCUCCCUUUGUGCUGGGCUGGUGGCUGGGCUGGGCGGAAGUGUCCUUCCUCUGGCCUCCUGCUGGAUGCCACCUUCAGAGCUCCUCUUGUGCCGGCCAGCAACAUCCUCACCACCAGCAGCCAGCACAAAGCCCCAAACUGGACUUUUGGGGGGAGGGCGGAGCUGAGCCAGCCUGAGAUGCUGCCCCAGCACCUGCCAUCCUCACCACUGUGUGCAGCAGGACUGCAGCUGAAGAGGUGGGCUCUGCUAUUCCAUAAAGCUCUGCCAGGAUGGAGGUGGGGGGGAUGCAGAGAGUUGGAAUGUUCCCUAAAUUAUUAUUGAGACCUCGUGGUCAGUUGUUUCAUAGGAAGGCCUAUGGAAUGUUGCACAAACUUUAGAAAGCUUACAACAUUUAUUAGAGAGUUCUAUCUCUGCUAUAUCAUUCUGUCCAAUGUUGGGAGGAAAAUGAUCUUACAACAUCCAAUAUAUUAUAUUUCUUUACAGUGUUGUUGGUUGUUAAAUGAAAUCUGCUAAGGGUUUUGUUUUGUUUUGUUUUGUUUUGUUUUGCUUUGCUUUCUUCCAUUAAAACAACAACAACAACUAAAUUUGGCAGGACUGCAAAAUAGGAAGUCACUCUCAUCUUUACCAGUCAAAAAUGUAUGUGAUGCCUACCAUGUCUUUCAGACAAGAUGGAUAAAGCCUUGUUUGUGUGUCUUCAUAAUGACUCUGAAUGUACCGUCAGUUUGACUUGCAAUUGUCUAUUGUACUUUGUUCUGGAUUUCAGCUUUGCAUACCUGUGAACAUAACUUCUGAGAUGUUUUGUUUAUUUUAUGUUUCCAACACAGUGUUAUUUAAAGGUGUAUCUUAUUUGCAGCCUCCACUAAUUAUACAGUACUGUAGUUCCAAAGUAUAAAGUAUAAAGUUUGGAUUAUUUUUAUACCAGCAUCCAAAUAUUUGAUUUCUGGCGUUCUAGUCAGUGUAAUAAAAAUGAUACAAUAAAAGUAUUAAUAAUAUUCU